GAUUUGGCCUCUUGGACAUCCAGCGUGCUCUUUAUGCGCAGUACGCGAGCCGUAUCUUUCUGUCGCCUGCGUCAUCGACAGUUCAACUAAAGUUUCUUCAAAUCCACCUUCAUAAGACCAUGGCAUUUAAAGGUGCCAUUGUGCUUUUGUGGCUUUGUACUGCAUCGCUAACUUGGAUAACAGUUGAAGGUCAAGGCAUCCUUGGUAAGUUUAGAGAUGGAAUCAGAAAUAUGUUACAGUUAACAAUUUCUCAAGUAAUUUUUUUCUAUGAUCUGUAAUGACCAGCACUUGAUCAAAUUAAAUUUGCUAACGUGGAUUAGCAGGCGUGCAGAAUAAUUCAAGCAAAGCAGAAAGAUCAUCAUACAUAUUGCAGGAAUAAGGGCAGUUGUUUUAUCUGAGACAUAAUAUGGUUGGUUUUGUGUCAGAGGGCACAUUGUUUAAAUGGAUACAAUGCGCUUUACAAAUUAGGACAAAGAUCUAUCUGUGAGCGUCAUCACCAUUAAGUAAUGGGGUUUUAACUGCAGUAUAAUGUCAAGAGAGAGUUGAUCAUGCUGUGAUCAUGCCUUGUCCAAGAUAAAUCUUCUUGGGGAGUUCCAACACCCUGAGUUUGAUGAUAGGAAAUGAGAUAAAUAUGUUGUUGCAACAAUUACGAGUGAAAUUCAAGGCGUGAUGUAAUUAGCGCACUUGAAAUACAAAGUAUUUUCAUCUCUUGACCGCAGGAAUAUUCUACCUAGACAUUACGAUUCUUGACCGUGGUAGUUUGCGAGCAGUCUCUUAUUUUUCUUUGCAAAGUUACUACACGCUUGAGGUGUGAUUUUUUAUAGUAGCUUAUAAUAAAAUUGCGAACGCCUGCUUGAAUUGCGGUUUGUGUCAAAUCAUUAGUCCGACAGUAGUGAAAAGUGUGCCAAACAAGAAAGAAGCAAGAGCUGUUUAACAAUCAAUCAACAUAAACGUUAUAAACUCAACGAAAAAGUUAGAUUAAUUGACAAGUAAAAAAACUACUCAACUCACUGAAAGGAAACUGAACUGUGAAAGAGGCCUCAUCGAGUUAGCCUGCGAAUAGCAGACGUAUUUCCGGUCGUCGCUUCUCUCCCUCCUUUUCGGAAGGAGAGAAGAGACGACCAGAAAUACGUCAGCUGUUCGCAAACUACAUCGAGUCUAAGAGCUUCUAUUUCAAACGCCUCGUCCCCACUCCUUUUUUUGCAUCGCGGCUCCGCCGCCAAAACUUUAAUCACACAAUACCGCCAGCUGUGCAGCUUCAGGAAAGCGCUCUUUCUUUUGCCCUUGUUCCCACGGCCUCCCGAACUUUCCAGCUACAUAUUGCUGCAACUAACACAAUGACUUUUAUACAGGUACUAAAGACAAUUCCAUAAAAGAGCUAUCGCCGCAUGACAGAGUGAGACGACAAGAUAUCACUGUAAGUACAUGUCUUAUUAUAUACAUUGAAAUAAUCAAACCUGAUGAUGAUGAUAAUGAUGAUGCCAUAACAAUUACUGAAUGGGGCUGAGUAUGAUGUGGCUACUUUGUCCUAGUUCUCGGCCCCUUUUUAUGACAUUAACAUGCUUUUUUUGCAUACAUCCCUCAAGGAGACUCUUGAAGUAGACAACACCCAUCGAACAAUACAAUUUUUGCGUAUUCUUGCAUUCCUUCCGUUCUGUUUUUGCAAAAAAAUCAGCUACGUUGUCUUUGGAUUGCUGUGAACGCCUUUUUUGGUUCACAUUGCGCGCCCAAGGAGCCUCGUUUCCAAUCAAAUAUACCAAAAUAUACCAUUCAUUAACCAAACAAAAUUCAAAUUCUCUUUAAUACUACAACACCUCUUUCACUCAGUUGUGAGUUCUGGGUCUGACAGACUUCACAAAUUUGUAAAGAGGUUGUAUCUUUUUCCAUGAAAACAGGUUGAUAUCACUGUUUACGGAGAACCAGGCGACCCCGGAGCCAGAGGAGAGCCGGGUGACCCGGGAUAUAAUGGUACCCCAGGGAAAAGGGGACAAAUUGGAGCAAGGGUAAGUCAAGUAAAUUUGAGUACAGUGAUAUGCAAAUUUAAUGAUGUAAACCUAUAAUCAGAGUAAUCCCUCUGGCCAAUCAUAACAAAAACGCACCAGUUCAGAUCUUGAAGGAAAAAUCCGUAGGGGGCCUCCUCUGAGCGCGGGACACCACGUGCUGGGAAGUCGCGAUUGAUUUGUGUUGUGCCUCUGGUUGGUUUAGCAUCAACCUCGUCCCCAGGGCUUUUCCCUUAAAAAAUGGGUGGGGCGCCCCACCCAUUUUUUUAAGGGAAAAGCCCUGAGGACGAAGUUGGUUUAGCAUGUACUAUGGCGAGAGCAGGAUUAGCCAAUCGCAAGUUGCAGUGAGACCCAGUUGAAUCUUUAAAUUUUCUUUGCCCGUCUGUAGAUAUCUAUGAACGAAGAUGGGGAGGAAAAGGAAACAAUUUUUACUCCCUUCCCCACUUUAUAGCUUGUUUCUUGUUCUAUGCGACCCAGUGUUGCGGAAUUCUUAUAACCCCGCUUGCUGGUUCAAACAAAUCAAGAUUACUGUAUCUUUCGAUGAAAGAACACGAUUAAUUAAUCCAAUCCAAAAAUCUACUGCGUUGUACAAUUCUCACAUAUUCAACGAUCUUAACACAACUAACACAUUGUAAGUAUAGAGAGGUUCUUCUACUAUCCUUGCGUAAGGCAGUAUUUUUACAUUACCGGCAAAUGUACAGUAAAAGUUCCCAUUCUCACACUACUACAUGAGAAAUUUCUGCAAUUUGAUUGGCUUAGAGUAGUGGUAUUUGUGAAAAUUACAAACCUUAUGCGGGUACGUGAUAUUUGGCAUAAAUACCAUUCGUGAUAUUCCAAAAUUGUCUCAAAUUUAUAACAAUUUCGAAAUAUCACCCGUGGUAUUUAUGCCAAAUAUCACUACAAAUCAUGCUGUUACCUAUACUAAUGUAUCUACAUUAAAUGUCUAUUAAAAAAUCGCACGUUCUUUCAUCAUAUUUAGCCUAAGAAAAUGCAUGCAGUUACAUCAUUUUAUAUCGUAAAUAUACUCGGACUUUGUCUACUUUAAUGUGAAAUCUAAUGUCACGAAAUCUAACUUCUUUGCGCUACAAAUGUCAAUUUCUAAUUAAAAUUUAAUCACAAAAUAAUAAAGUUAAGCACCACCUAUUUCUUUUCCGUCACCCGAUGUACCAAUUUUGCCUUGUUUUCUAUUUCAAUAGGGUCCAGCAGGACCCCGAGGAAGACAGGGUAUCCAAGGACCCCCCGGUCCACCUGGUAACCCAGGACCUCCGGGCAGUACGGUGGUAGGUGGCCAUAUAGAUCUGCACGGCUAUACCGGGUAGCUCUUCUUGUCGACACGAAAAGCUGUUCAGUACGUAGUAAGGAGCUUUAGCAACGACGGCGUCGUCGGCAGCGAGAACGUCAAAAAAGCAUAGGUUUGAUUAGCAAAACAACAACUUUCCACGUGCAGCACACUUUUUUGUACAUUUCUUUGCCGUCACUGCACGACUACGGCGUGAAAAUCCCUAAUUUCACGUUUUAUGGAGGACGUAAACAAGCGACAACGAAUUUGUCUUUCUCUUUCAAAACUUGAGUGGGAUCCCCAAGACAUCAACUCCAGGAAAACUCGCCUACAUUAGACAUUUUCAGCGAACUGGAAUAAGCGCGACAAAGUUUGAAAAAACGCGAAUUCAUUUCAAGAGUGAGGUUUUCGCUGCCGUCGCCGUCGUCGAGGCUAAACCUCCCUAGCAUGGACAGCAACGGCUCAGGUCUAGAACAAGUCGAUCACAAACACCACAUUUGUGACGGAGCGCCGCGAUGACCAAGAGGGUUUGGUAAACUAAAUCCCAAUCCUCACUCCUUGAUAUUUACUUCUGUCUCCUUCAGUAGGUUCCAGUCUUCGCUCGCACUUAUUCACUUCCGCUACGCUCCGAAUAUCUGUUCACACUGCAUUUAAGUGUAGCACAGGAUCAAUCCGAUAUGUGACGCUCCAGCGUGGCGCUGCUUGACUUGGUUAAAGAAAUGGGGUCUAAAUCCCUGACCCUUUAUUCACUGUGUACAUUAUGUGUGAACAAAAUCCCUCUCCGGUAUCCAGGGGGGAGGCACUCCCUCUGAUGGCCUAUACGGGGAGGCACCGCCCGAAAGGAGUUCCUUUUUCAGGCUUCACGUAUAUGAAAGUGCAGGGAUUUCACUAGUUGAAGUAUGUGGAAAGGUAGAGAAAUCUGUCACUUAAGUCUGUGAAAGGGCCCAAAAGGGCUAACAGAUAAAUUUUAUGGCUUUAUAAAGUCGAGAAAACGUUCUAUCUUUGUGACUGAUUCCCAUUUAAAAGACGAUGCAUUUACAGCAGUUAAAAAGGAUGCAAAGUUCUAUACAAGGUAUGUAAAAGGGGUACCAUUUGUCAAUAAUAGGUAUACGAAAGGGGUACCUUUUUCGUGAAAAAUGGUAUAUAAAGGGUAAGGGGUUGGACCUCAGGCGGAGCCUCCCCGUUUAAAAGUACCCCCUGGGUUCGUUAUAUGGUAAGAGAAAGAGCUAUUCGGUAUAGCGUGAACACAACCUUUACAGAGCUCCUUAAAACUGACAAAAAGCUAGAACUUUGUCUCGCUAAUCUCUUCUGUUUCACUGAUCUGGACGCGUUCCUUUUUGUCCGACCUUGACCACUGGAUCUCGUGUAAUCUAUCGGAACGUAAUCGAUUCUAUCAUCAAAUUCGUAUUAUUUUAUAUAUAUUUGAUCGUUUGGUGCAGGGGAAAGCUUUCAAAAAAGACGGUUAUUUCUCCACUCCUAUCAUAGAAGUGCGCCUUAUUAAAGAUGUUGGGUGUGGGGUGGGUUGUUAUUAUAUGCCAUGGGAACCAGGCAUGUAAUAGAAUAGAAUAUAAUAGAAUAGAACCUUAAUAGAAUGACCCUCAAAAGGUCUUUCAUUAAAUUACAUUAAAUACUAAACUACUUAAGUUAUAAAUAAUAAAUAUAAGAAAAUAAGAAUUCGUAAUCACACGUGGUCAUUGCAUUCUGAAUUGUUUACGUCACAGUAUGAGACUACACAAGGCGAAAAGGGUCCUGUGGUUCGCCCGAUUAUUCUGACAGCGGGUUUCAUAGAAAGAAAGGUAAGAAACAUGUCAUUGUCGGGGAGAAAUCAGCGGUAGCGAGCGACUGCAAAUUGAUGGCAAGUAAACUGACCAGCUUCCCUGCAGCCGCAUUGAGAUUGUACUUUGGGGGGAAGGGUGGUGUAUUUUAUUUCCCUUUAAAGUUGCUGAAUAUAUGUUGGCUCUCCAAAAUAGUUUACAUAAAUCAUAAUGAUCCCCCCCUCCCCCAAAUUUAGUAGAUAAGAUACUAUUAAUACUAGGUCGGGCCACCUGAAGAAACGGUUCUCUGGGAUAACAGGUCUAAUCUGUUCGCUGGUAAAAAAAAAGUUUAAAAAUUUAUGAUAUUACAUUAUACAGGCUUUCGAAACACAACUGGCAGAAACUAGAAAAACAAAUUAUCCUGGAUAUUUGCAUAUUUCCUUUCAAACAGGCCCUCGGGGGGAAAUAAAAAAGAGUUAUUGUCUGGAUAGUGUCUGUCCUGAUGGCUUUCAGUGUUAUAUCGUUUAUCGGCUGCCGCGCUUGUAUAAUUUUCCCUGUGAUUGACUCUGUUCGGCUGUCAUGCGGAAUGGCGCUGAAUAUCGUGGAAGACUUUGAUACAAAAUUUCGACAAAUUAUCGAACAUCUUUCAAUAGAAUGAUUUUAAAGAAGGAACACUACGAAUUAAACAUGCCGAGACACCAGCUGAAUCGAAGCAGCGUGCUAAAUGCUAAUGACGUAUAUGCAACACGUUGCGCGUUGUCGAGGUAAUCAAGACAUUGAGGAUAAUUUCAUGUAAUCCUAUUGGUUCGCUUUGCAAUUUGUCCGCUCAAAGGAAAAGAAGCCUCGUGAUCUGCCAGGUGCUUCCCACGGAAUUAUGCAACCACAUGACUAUAAGUACUGCGCUGUUACAGAACUUUUAAAACAACAUACACUGUAUCUACUAGUCUUUCGAGAUGGCUGUACAUUACACUCUCCGCGACCCAAACGCGCCUAUACCUAUUGCAGCCGAUGAAAGGAUAGGACAGCAACCGUUGGUGAGCUCGUUCGUGGUUUUAAAAGCAGAUCGUGGAAGUGGAGGCGAGCUGGUGGACCAAAUUAGAAAUCUCGCGCGCUUGCAAACUUUUGACCACCCAAGUAUUGUUACGUUUUGCGACCGGUACAAAGUAACUAAAGAAAAUGACAAGAAAGCACUGAGAAACUUAUUCAAUGUUCUCAGAGAGCGCAGUUUGGUAUUGGACUUUCAGGAGACGUUGGAUGUCAAUCGUGUCAACCCACCUCAGUAGUAUGGCUGUAAAGAAGUGAAUUUGACUUGGACUUAUUUAGAAAUUGUAGUAUAGGGUACGAUUUGAUUGUAUUAAAGAACUGGAAAAAGGUUUUCACAUGACAGUUCAGCUCUGUAACGUUAACCAGUGUAACCUAGAGAUCAUUUUGCAAUAACUUGUCAAGAAUGCAAUGUAAUAAAACCAGUUUAGUUCAAUUGUUUGUUUUCACUCAUCCGUUGAAAUUCAAAGGUGUCUCUUUGUUCUAAGUGAGUUGAAAUAUAAAAUCAAAAUGAAGAUAAAAGGAGGCGAAAUCGCUCAAGUCGCCAUCCUCAGACCUAAGGUCCUUAAUUCGGGCAUCACCGUUCUACCCUAGGGGUCUACCCCGUAGCCUCUGGGGUAGGAGGUAGGGAGUUUAAAGGCCUGUUUACAUGAAGGUGGGGGACCCCAGAUAGGUGAGGUAACAUGCGGCGGGUCACCCCACCUAUUAAGUAACCAUGAUCAAAUUAAAAUGAGAGAUUAUAUGGACAGGCGGGAUACCCCACCAGAGCGAGUUACCUCACCUACUUAGGUUUCUCCACCUCCAUGUAAACAGGCCCUAAGAUGCUACGACGGCGACGACAACGAGAAGGUAAAAAAAUCCGUAGGUUGAAUAAGGCAAAAAAACAACUUGGCACGUGCAUCAUGCUCUUUUGGUACAUUUCUUUGCCGUCACUGCACAACUACGAUGUAAAUUGCCUAAUUUCACGUUUUAUCGAUAACGUGAACAUAAGGCGACGAAUUUCUCUUUCUCUCUCUAAACUUGAAUUUCUUUCUUAAGAAUUCAGCUCUAGGAAAGUUUGCCUGUACUGGACAAAGUAAGCGAGUUGGGAUAAUCUCACUGAGGUUUCAAAGAACGCAAAGCCCGUUACUUUUUAAGUGACGUUUUCAACACUUCGCAAAGGAAACAACAGACACCGAAAACCCGCGAGAGUUCUGGUCUACUUUCCGCCCCUUUUUGCGUACACAAAGUAAGCAAGCCAAUUACAUUAUCUUUAAAAAUGACAGGAUUAUUAGUGACAAAAAGGAUAUUGCCAAUCUGCUUAAUGACUACUUUGAUAUAGCAUGCCUGAAAUAAGAGUAGAGGAUUACGGUGAGGAUUAUGCUUAUCAUCCCAGUCUCAAAACAAUCCGUAAAUACAGGGGCGCUAGCUAGUGCUCCAGCUUGCUUCAGUUGUCAUCGCGCAAGUGAAACCCAGGUUGAGCUAUUACUGAAAGAGAUCAAUGUACGCAAGUCACCUGGUCACGAUAUGAUCCCAUCAAAUUGGACUGAAGAAACGGCAUCUGUUAUUGCGCGGAUGAUCAUCAGAUCUCGCGUUUCCCUUAGUUUCAUUGUCUGAUUUAUCACACUAUGAACAAAACGCCUAAGGUGGUUUACUUGGGAUGCGUUCGGUUUAUAUUUGAGUUUUUUACUUUGGAGGCCCAUUGCAAAAGUUUGGUGGAUCUUGGAGCAUGCGAUUGUAUUCAAUUUCCAUUGUAUGUCAUUGUCGGGGAGAAAUUAGCGGUAGCUAGCGACUGCAAAUUGAUGGCAAGUAAACUGACCGGCUUCCCUGCAGCCGCAUUGAGAUUGUACUUUGGGGGAAAAGGUGGUGUAUUUUAUUUCCCUUUAAAGUUGCUGAAUAAAUGUUGGCCCUCCAAAAUAGUUUACAUAAAUCAUAAUGACUCCCCCCCGCCCCCUUCCCCCAAAUUUAGUAGAUAAGAUACUAUUAAUACUAGGUCGGGCCAUCUGAAGAAACUGUUCUCUGGGAUAACAGGUCUAAUCUGUUCACUGGUAAAAAAAAAAAAAGUUUAAAAAUUUAUGAUAUUACAUUAUACAGGCUUUCGAAACACAACUGGUAGAAACUAGAAAAACAAAUUAUCCUGGAUAUUUGCAUAUUUCCUUUCAAACAGGCCCUCGGGGGGAAAUAAAAAAGAGUUUUUGUCUGGAUAGUGUCUGUCCUGAUGGCUUUCAGUGUUAUAUCGUUUAUCGGCUGCCGCGCUUGUAUAAUUUUCCCUGUGAUUGACUCUGUUCGGCCGUCAUGCAGAAUGGCUCUGAAUAUCGUGGAAGACUUUGAUACAAAAUUUCAACAAAGUUUCCAACACCUUUCAAUAGAAUGAUUUUAAAGAAGGAACACUAGAAAAUUAAACAUGCCGAAACGCGAGCUGAAUCGAAGCAGCGUGACAAAUGCUAUUGCGAGGAUAAUUUCAUGUAAUCCGCUUUGCAAUUCGUCCGUUCAAAGCAAAACAAACCUGGUGGUCUGCCAGGUGCUUUCCACUUAAUUAUGCAUUCACAUGUGUAUACGUACUACGCUCUUAGACCUUUUAAAACAGCAAACAGUGUAUUUACUAGUCUUUCGAGAUGGCUGUAAAUUUCACUCUCCGCGACCCAAACCCUGCCAUGAUUGACUCUGUCCGGCCGUCAUGCAGAAUGGCUCUGAAUAUCGUGGAAGACUUUGAUACAAAAUUUCAACAAAGUUUCCAACACCUUUCAAUAGAAUGAUUUUAAAGAAGGAACACUAGAAAAUUAAACAUGCCGAAACGCGAGCUGAAUCGAAGCAGCGUGACAAAUGCUAAUGCGAGGAUAAUUUCAUGUAAUCCGCUUUGCAAUUCGUCCGUAUAAAGUAAAACAAACCUGGUGGUCUGCCAGGUGCUUUCCACUUAAUUAUGCAUUCACAUGUGUAUACGUACUACGCUCUUAGACCUUUUAAAACAGCAAACAGUGUAUUUACUAGUCUUUCGAGAUGGCUGUAAAUUUCACUCUCCGCGACCCAAACCCUGCCAUGGCUAAUACACCCGAGGAAAGGAUAGCAGACCAAGCGUUGGUGAAUCCGUUCGUGGUUUUAAGAGCAGAUCGCGGAAGAGGACCCCAGCUGGUGCAACAAAUUAGAGAUCUCGCGGGCUUGCAAACUUUUGACCACCCAAGGAUUGUUCAGUUUUGCGAAGAUUACGAAGUAACUGAAGAAAAUGACAUGAGAGCACUGAGAGACUUAUUGAUUGUUCUCAGGGAGCGCAGUUUGGUAUUGGACUUUAACGUGACGUUGAAUGUCAAUCCACCUGAGUAGUAUGGUUGGAAAGAAGUUAAUUUGACUUAGACUUAUUUUGAAAUUGUAGCAUAAGGUACGAUAUAUUUGAUUGUAUUAAAGAACUGGAAAAAGGUUUUACAUGACAGUUUAGCUCUGCAACGCGAACCAGUGUAGACUAGAAAUCAUUAAACAAUGACUUGUCAAGAAUGCAAUAGAAUAAAAUUAGUUUAGCUCAAAUGUUUGUUUUCACUUGUCGUUUUAAACUCAAGGUGUAUUGAAUGUAUAACAAACCGGAGGGCUUUUCUGAGCUCUUUGUUCUAAGUGAGUUGAAAUAUAAAAUCGAAAGGAAGAUUAAAAGAAAGCGAAAGCGCUCAAGUCGCCGCCCUCAGACCUAAAGUCCUUUUACAAAAAUGGCAUUGGCACCGUUCUAAGACGGCUACGGUUACGCGGAUAAUCAACGUAUGCAGUGGAACCUCGAGAAAACGAAGAGCCAAGGAACUGUGUUCGCUAUAUUGACGAGGUUUCGUUAUAUCGAGGUUCUUUUUCAUAUAUUUCACAAUUGCUGGGUUAACGAAAAUCAUUCCUUAUACUGAGGACUUCGUUAUAUAUCAUGUAAUAAUACGGGUCCGUUUUCCAAUUUUUCAAAGAAAAACAUGUUUCGCCAGAUUUUCCACGUAGUCUGCCACAGACAUCCCAGGGAAUGCGUUUGUCAUUAAGAAGCCUUAGGCAGUUAGAGUACGAGUUUCUGUUGGGUGUCCUGUGCAGUUGUGUGAAAAGAAAUGUCUAUUCAUAAAAAAACCCUUGAAAUUGCAUCAUUCUGUGUUUACGACAGCAGUCGAUGAUUUCAAUACAUUUAAAUCAACGAUUAAAACAGUCGGUUAGUGUGUGCGGCCUUCGGUGCGGAAGGUUCCGAGUUCGAAUCCCCAUGGCCAAGUGUGACCUCAAAUCCUUGUUGCCACUUUUUUCACAUGACGUCACGGCGGCCAUAUUGGUGUUUUAAAACAAUAAAACGGCGGCCAUGUGGCUGUCCCAAACCAGUCCUGUCGGAGUUUAACUCUUUUCUUAUGGUUAUCAAUUUUUGUAUGGUUAACUAAAGCCUAAGUCUAAGAUCUCCUUUUAGUGAUUCAGUCAGUUUACAAGUUUAAUUCCUCAUCCAUUUCAUAUCAGCGUUCUCGGACAUUCCGUGUUCAAUUCAACAACCAGAAACCCUUACCAAGCUCAGAAAAAAACAUUCAAUUACCUCGUUGGAGAAUAGGGACCUUAAGCAUUGUUGACAUCGGGACGUCAAAAAUGGCAACCGGAAGUUGUUAUUUUCUCUCUUCACUGCUCUGACUCGACAAACUCGUACAGCGGGAGUUAAAACAAAAACAUUCAGACCCUUUAUGUGAGACAGAACAGAAGCGUUCCAUCAAGCGAGAAAUCGGACUUCCGGGUUUUCCCUAUUCCCUAUUGUUGAAACGGUGAACAGUGAAAAACAAUGAAAUCAUUCCGUGUUAAAUAGGAAAACUGACUGCUGCACUGGAUAGAAGCCCAGCGUAAUGUGAACAUACAAACACUUAGGUACUGCAAAGGUGGUGAAGCAGAAAAAAUGUAAAAAGUUCCAAGUAAAGUUCUUUGAUCGAUAAUGUAACAAGAUGUUAUCGUUUCUGCUGCCCGUCAGGAAAAACCCCCUUAACUGAGGAGGAAACCUGAGCCCUCCCGAAAGCAGAGCCAGUCACUUAAAAGGAACCUCGAGGGAGAAGUUGAACUAGAAUACAAAAUUAUGAGUAUAUUAAAGACCAACGACAAUCAAUUCAAAUGACACAAAACGAAAAAAAGCAUUGACAAACGAAACUCAGGCAGCGAUGUCAGCUUAGAAUAAUCACCUCAGUAAAAUCCCGCCCUUUUAUACUUGAGUCUCCCUGACAGCUGUCAAUAAGCUGGAACCGUGAAAGCAAUAAUUUGCUGCUAUUCUUAGAACCGCAGCAAAUAACAAUAGGGACCUUAAGUAAGGACGACGACGACGGCAGGGAAAACGUUAGCCUGCGAACAGCAGACGCAUUUCCUGUCGUCGCUUCUCUCUCGACCGGAAAUGCGUCUGCAGUUCGCAGGCUAUGAAAACGUCGGUAAAAAAAGGAAUUUGCGUUCUUUCAAACUUAAUCGCGUCUAUUUGGACCCACUCAAUAUGUCAAAUGCAGGCGACUUUUCCUGGAGUUAAAGUCUUGAGGAUUUUAUUCAGGUUCAAAUAGAGGAAGGAAAAUUAGACGUCGUAUGUCCACGUCCUUCAUAAAACGUCAAAUUAGGAGGUUUCAAGUCGUAGUCGUGCAGUGGACGUCAAAGAAAUGUACUAAAAAGCGUGAUGGACCUGCAGAGCUGUUUUUUGGGGAGAGAGAAAAUGAUUUUUCUCUCUCCCCGCCGCGUGUCGCCUUUUCUCGCGUGGGGUGAUUUUCACGCGCGCUCGCGUUUCGCUCGUUCUACUAUCCCUGAGGACAAAUGGGGGACUACUCGUGGUAGGGGUCGCGUUUAAAGACAUGUGUUCAUAUGUCGCUACCAAAAAAUGAUCGCGGCCAAUCUCCGACAUAACAUAAUCCAAUGAUAAUGGCCAGGCUUGUGGUCGCGCACUUACUGGUUGAAAGGAUCGUUUGGAUAUCUGUUCGCCAUGAUGGUGAGCUGAAAGUGCAGUCGAGUCUCUAUAUUGCGAAACCCUGCAGAUACCAGGAAAUCUGUCUGUCUUCUGGUGUCGACAUAUUAUUGACAGCUCUCCAUUUUUUUUUACCUCUUUUGCCCGAUAUGACCCGCUCCGAGGCAGGACAUCGGAUCCUUUGAUCUUAUGUCCUGCGAAGCUCGUAUGUCGCUAAGCGCGACAUAAGGAUCGUGCUUGUCUGAGGCUAGCGAUGACAGGUCAAACACCUAUCCAAACACAUUUGCCCUUGCUUUGUCGAAGUAUUAAGACAUCGAGGAUAAUUUCAUGUAAUCCUAUUGGAUCGCAAAGGAGAACAAACCACGUGGUGUGCCAGGUACUUUCCACGGAAUUAUGCAACCACAUGAGUAUAAGUACUGCGCUGUUACAGACCUUUUAAAACUACAUGCACUGUAUCUACUAGUCUUUCGAGAUGGCUGUGAAUUACACUCUCCGCAACCCAAACGCGCCUAUACCUUAUACACCCCAGGAAAGGAUAGCAGACCAAGCGUUGGUGAAUCCGUUCGUGGUUUUAAAAGCAGCUGGUGGAAGAGGAGCCGAUUUGGUGGAAGAAAUUAGAGAUCUCUGCGCGGGAUUGCAUACUUUUGGCGACGAAAGGAUGGUUGAAUUUUGCCGCAAUUACGGAGUAACUGAACAGAGAGACAAGAACGCACUGAGAAACUUAUUGAAUGUUCUCAAAAAGAGCGACUUGGAAUUGGUCGACCCUGACGCUGGCGUGCCGAGGCCUGUCAAUCGAGUGCACUAGACAGGUGACUAGAGUAGCAUGGCUGGAAAAAAGUGAAUUCAGUUGACUUGGACUUAUUCAGAAAUUGUAGUAUAAGGUACGAUUUGAUUGUGUUAAAGAACUGGAAAAAGGUUUUUACAUGACAGUUCAGCUCUGCAACGCGAACCAGGUGUAGCCUAGAAAUCAUUUAUACGCAAUAACUUGCAAUGUAAUAAAAUCAGUUUAGCUCAAAUGUUUGUUUUCAGUGUUCCUUUGAAAUUCAAAAGUGUUUUGAAUGAAUAGCAAACCGGAGUGCUUUUCUGUGGGGAAUGAGUUAAAGAUGCCCACACUCUCACAGUUUUUAGUUUGCGGAAUAGACCCUUCAAUAGCUCAACCGAUUCUUGCUCCAUAAAAAAAAGUGCGAUUUCUCCCUGACUUCACUGUUACGUAAAACAAAUGAACUUGAACAAACUGAUUGGCUAAAAUAUGACAGAUUGUGACAGGAAAGAUCUUAAACCGGAACAGGCGCGACCUAACAACAAUGAUAUUUUUAGAAAACGUGAUUUGUUACAUAAUCGCGUCAAGCGCAUAUAUCGUUGUCAAUCAGGUUUGUUGUCACGCACUAAGCUUACACGCGUCACGCAUAUACUACCCAGUUUCUGACAAAGUGAGUUGAAAUAUAAAAUCGAAAGGAAGAUUAAAAGACGGCGAAAUCGCUGAACUCGCCGUCCUCAGACCUAAAGUCCUUUUACGAAGAUGGCAUUGGCGCCGUUCUAAGACGGCUACGGGUACGCGGGUAAUCAACGUAUACAGGAGUACAGUGGAACCUCGAAAAAACCAAGAGCCAAGGAAUUGCGUUCGCUUUUUUGACGAGGUUUCGUUAUUCAUAUAUUACACAAUUGCUGGGGUAAAGAAAAUCAUUCCUUAUACUGAGGACUUAUAUAUCAUGUAAUAAUGCGGGUCCGUUUUCCAAUUUUCCGUGCACUUUCACCGUAGUCUGCCACAGACAUCCCAGGGAAUGCGUUUGUCAUUAUGAAGCCUGAGGCAGUUUGAGGUACGAGUUUCUGUUGGGUGUCCUGUGCAGUUGUGUGAAAAGAAAUGUCUAUGCAUAAAAAAAACCGUGAAAUUACAUCAUGCUGUGUUUACGACAGCAAUCGAUGAUUUCAAUACAUUAAAAGCAAGGAUUAAAACAGUCGGUUAGUGUGUGCGGCCUUCAGUACGGAAGGUUCCGAGUUCGAAACCCCAAGUGUGACCUCAAAUCCUCGUUGCCACUUUUUUCUUUCCGUAUAGAGGGUUUUCACAUGACGUCACAGCGGCCAUAUUGUAGCCUGCGAACGGCAGACGUUUCCUCUCGCUUAUCGCUGCUGAGGGACGUUUCGCGAAACGUCCCUCAGCAGCGAUAAGCGAGGAGAAACGUUUGCCGUUCGCCAAAACAACAAACGGUGGCCAUGUUGGUGUCCCAAACCAGUCCUGUCGGAGUUUAACUCUUUUCUUAUGGUUAUUAAUUUUUGUAUGGUUAACUAGAGCUUAAGUCUAAGAUCUCCUUUUAGUCAGUCAGUCAGUCAGUUUAUAGGUUUAAUUCCUCAUCCAUUUCGUAUCGGAGUUCUCGGACAUUCCGUGUUCAAUUCAACAACCAGGAUCCCUUACCAAGAUCAGAAAAAAACAUUCAAUGACCUCGUUGGAGAAUAGGGAAAAGCAAGGGUAACAACUCGGAUACAAGAACGCUAAAAAGUCGACAAAAAGAAAAAAAGAAAAGCGUUUAUUAUAGAUGUCACCCUCUUGCUAUGACCCAUCGAAGAAAAAUCCUGCAACUGACUUAAUGUGUACAAAGUACAGGCAGCUGGUUCUUAGAGUGCAAAAUAUGCCGUUUUUGCGAAGAGCGGUAAAACAGAAUUCUUGUCAAAGGAGGGAAAUAUGCCGAUGCAACUCGUGCAGAGCCCCAUAAACCACCGAUUAAUUUCGAAUGUUUAGAUACAAGGAACAGUGAACUUAAGACGCAAGAAAACCGGGUGCAAAGUGCGGGUUCCCUUGGAACAUUUACUACAUUCUGAACCCCACUGGAAAUGAGGCUGAUUGCGGGUAAAUAUGGGAAACGCAUUAACCCGCAAACAGUUAAACCACUGAUUGCUCUCCUAGUUCGCUCCAUGUUGGUUUAAAUGCCGAAAAAAUUAACUUCUUCGACUUUAAAUUCUUUAGGAUGUGAAAGGAGACCAGGGAAUUGCUGGACUUCCUGGUGAAAGAGUAAGUGUAACAAUACUCAAUUUGGUAACCAGUUAAUUAAGCGAGUUAUUAACAAGCUCUACAACGUUGUUUUUGGCAUCACGUGUUGUGUUUUACAGGGGGCGACUGGACAGCCUGGCGACCCUGGCAAUGAAGGUGAAAUCGGUUUAGCUGUAAGUACGUUACAUUUUAUUCUUUAUAUGUAUUUGCGAGACACUACUAUACAUUAAAACCUUGUUUUGUCUGGUACGUCCAACAAUCCAACUUUACGAAAGGCCUUAAAACGUAUUGAUUUCAUAUUUAUUUUUUCGCUCCAUGAGAACCUCAAUCAAAGGUUUGCUACUAAACAGGUAACUACAACCGGCUCGAACGAGUAUUGUGUGUAAUUCGACUGUUGAGGACUGAGAUAUAUUUUAGUUUUGAAUGAUGUUAAAGCAAUGUUACAUGGAUAUAAAUAAUGUACGAAUAUACUGAUUGAAUUCCAUGAAUAUUUUAUGCAUACUUCGCAACAGCUAUCCAAAUAUGGAAUAUAAUUGUUAAAACAUGUAUACUUUCCUUUUUAGGGAGAGGCCGGUUUGCCCGGUAUUCCAGGCCUACCUGGUGCUGACGGGACUCGGGUAAGUGUUUCAACAAUGAAUGACGGAUGACAUACAGUUGUGGAAUUCUCAAGUACGUUUAAGCAGAUCACGCCAAUAGAUUAUACUUUUUAAAAUUUCACUCAUAAAAACUGACGCAAAAUUUUAAACAUUGCUGGAAGAUUCAAUCAAGGGUUUUACCUAAAUGAUCCUAAAUGUAAAUGUGAAAAGGGCUGCAAAGUUACAUUCUGACAACGCUUUGCAUUAAUCGUUUGUAUUGUUUUAUGUACUCAAAUUUUGUUGUUUUAUAAACAUGACCACUCAUGUUAUGUGGUUCCUUUUCAAGGGUGAAAGGGGAAAAGCCGGCCAACCAGGAACGCCCGGAUUGAAAGGAUAUCAGGUAAAAUGCAUUGCACACUUCUUUCCUGUUUUCUGGUGGCCUUCGAGACCUUACUAAACAGUUCCUGACACAACUGCCAGCAAAUAGUCCUCGUAUCUGAAAAGUAUACACUUUCCAGAAGCAUGGCGUUAGUUUAUAGACAUACAAGUAGACUUUAAGGGGCACUAAACAUGAUUCCAGCCAAGUAAUGAUAGGACCAUCCUGCCUAUAAAAUAAGCUAAAUUGACUUGACCUGACUGUUAUCUCGUUUAUUAUACGAUUCAACUAACGCGGUAACCAAGUCUUAAAACUUAGGAGCUUUGAGACGACUUUCUUUCUCCAUUAAUCACUGUUAGUAAGACGCUAAUGGUUUUGUUCAAAACAUUCGUGGUUUAAAUGGCAGGAGCGCUUUACUUCUUUUACUGAGCAUUUCCUGGUCCUUGAUGUUUAUUUUUGUAUUCAGGGGCCUCCUGGUGAUGGAGGUAAUGAUGGUGCCCCAGGCCGAAACGGUCAUCGAGGAAGGCGCGGCGUCCAAGGAGAAAAAGGCUUUCGUGGUAACGAUGGUGACGAGGUAAGAAUAACUAGAAGAAGGCCUAAAUGAACCUUGUAUAUGGCCCAGCUCGCCAUGAGUCCUUCGUGGCUCGGAGGUUAGAGUAUCCGACCGGUGUACGAAAGGUCUUAGGUUCAAUUCCUGUCUGGUACUCAGAUUUUUUCUUUGUCCCGUGCUCGUGACAUGAGAGGGAGUUUUAGCAUCGACAACGGCGACGGCAGCGAAAACGUCAUUUUUGAAAUGAAUUAGCGUUUUGCAAACUUUGUCGCGCUUAUUCCAGUUCACUGAAAAUGUCUAAUGUAGGCAAAUUUCCCUAGAGUUGAGUUCUUGGAACCGCACUCAAGUUUAGAAAGAGAAAGAAAAUUUCGUGGUCACUUGUUUACCUCCAUAAAACGUGAAAUUAGGCAUUUUCACGUCGUAGUCGUGCAAUAACGGCAAAGAAAUGUACAAAAAAGCAUGAUACAAAUUUGUUGUUUUGCUCAGUAAACAUAUUGCUUUUAUGACGUUCUCGUUGCCGUCGCCGUAGUCGUUGCUAAAAUUCGCUAGGUGAUUACUUUAUUUCUCAUGAUUUUGAGUAUGUCGUGGCUAAAGUACUAAUGGAUACGUGGAUGAGCUAAAUGUCUUCAUAAAGUCAGAAUGUAAUAACUGGAAUGUUCUUCAGCUACUGAGAGUGAAAUAGUUCGUUGACUUAUCCCUAUAUAAUGCAUGUCGACGCUCUUUCCUUUUUUCGUCGCUUGAGAUCCAUGUAAUUAACUUCUGUUUUGUUGUGUUUGAGGAGGUAAAUGUAACAUUUGGGUAGGUGGGUGGUUCCCCAGAAGUUACCAUUACACACAAAAUCACCAUAAGCCUUUUCUUUAGUUGGAAACUGCUAGCUUCUCCUUGUUAAAUGUCUUUAGCCUGUGUGCCCCUCAAGCUCUCGUGCAACCGACUCCCCCCUUUUAAAAAGCUAGGCGUGCAGGCUAACUACGGCUUUAAAGACAUGUUUCUCGCCUCGAUUUCCAGCCCACUGAUCCACUUCGUUCCUUAACGAUCGGAUGUGAAAAGAAAACCGCUUUGAUCCUAGAGUACGAAUGGUCCCUUACAUUUCUCAUACAAAGAAGAGCGAUUGCAUUACGCGAACGUGUAAAAUACCGUGACGUACAGGUUUAGAUAUUACUCCCUUCAUCACUAAACUCCCCUUCCCCCGCUGGGUCGCGUAAACCCGCGGGAGGCGAUAUUCCGGGCGCUUGCAACUUCGCGGAAUUUUCGUUUCUCGCACUUGAACUGGACAUUUGGUCUCUUUCCACGUUCUCAAACCUUCACUUUCCGCCACUUUAAUAACGGAAACAGUGGUAAAUAGAAUGUCUACGUCAUCAAUUUUAUAUAAUUUUUUCAUUUCUUUGUAUUAGUCUAUAACGUGUCUUACGAGACUUUCUUUUUGCGGGCGACAAGAGGAGCCCUCAAUCCUAAUCUCUAGGUUGUUAUUACGCAUGCGUCGCAUGUAAGUAGCCAGCAUUCGUUAGGACUUGCACUAAGAAUGUAUGGAAUGCACAGAACGCACUUUGAUCACAUCCGUUUGGACCUUCCAUUAUUCGUGAUCUGAUCACGCGUGUUUUGACCAUAAGUCACGCGAAACUUACGAAGAGCACAGCGUUGGAGCAAAAGCGCUUUGACCUUAAAUUGUUGUCGCCUGCACUCCAUAACCUUUGGUUAUUAUUAGUUCUUAAACAUACAGUUUUUCCAAUUAUAUUUUAAACUUUGAUUAGUGGCUCGCAGUUGGUCUGAAAAUUUAGGCACCAGACCCCUUCAGUUUAUUUGUGUUCUGAUAUUCCUUUAACAGUGACGUCUGCCUUCUAUCAGGGACCAGCUGGACCGGACGGGAUCGCAGGAAAGGACGGGGAACAGGUCAGAAAUGCAGUCUUACUUUACUAUCCGCCCUUGAUUGCACGUACAUUUACUUGUGAUGAUUCGUGAGUUAAAGACUAGAAGGGAUCUCGAGCAGUGUCCAUCAACCCCUCACCUAAGCCAACAUUAACACUUACUUCUCGCUUAGGGCAAAAUGUUGGCUUAAGGAAGGGGUAGGUGGGCAGUUUCCCAGAAACGUAUAUAACAUGAUCCCUAUUUUCUUCCCUGUCCUCAGUAACCGUCCCAGAUGUCGUUGCGAAAGUUCACUCCACCCAGAUGUCUUUUCGGAAGUUCACUCGGUCCAGUUCAUUUCUCGUUUCUAAAGUGGCGAAAUUGAAUAAGAAAGAUGAUUCAAAAAUUACAUUUUGCAUGAUCAGAUUUCUUUUUUUUUUCCUCAGGGCGAUCCAGGAGCUAUUGGAAAAUACGGCCCAGUAGGAUUUGCUGGUGACCGGGUUAGUUAUUAUCUGUUUGUUUUCCCCUCUUAUGUUUUUUGGUAGUACAUGGCUGAAGGUGUACAAAUCAUUCUACCGAUCACACAGAUUAAAACGGAACAAGUCAGGACCAUCCACAUUCUGCCUCAGUUAGUACCACGUAUGGAAAAUGAACGCGCUUAGAUUCGCGGGAGAUGAUUAUACGACUGUGAUGUCAUUUGCGUUAGAAAUGCGAACACGUGAAAUAUGGUUUACGUAUACCACUCGCGACCUGCCUCACAAGAAAGGGGCAAUACGUGAAACGAAAUUCCUUGGCGUCAUCUCAGUGACCAAACCUCUGUUAAAACAACUUAAAAAAAUGUUUUUGUUAAAUUUGCAGAAUCUGAAUGCCUCAGUCAUUAAGAUAUAGACGGUGGCAUAACAAGAAAAUUUGCCAUGGAAUAAUAAAUUCCUCAUAAGCGAUACUGGCAGAUAAAAUAACAACAUCAGCUCACGUGAAGGCGAGUUACGAGGUCUUUUCCGGCAUGACUUGCGCUCCAGUUAUUAACACAGUGAUGGAGAUGGUAAUCUUACCUAAAUGAAAAGUUUUAAUACUUCUUACUUCAAACUAUUUACUCCGACAUAUUCUCUCUCAGGGAGUUCAAGGGAAAACUGGUGUAGAAGGUGUCAGUGGGCCUGAAGUAAGUUUUGCUCCGCCCUGGAAUGCUUAACCGGUGUAAUUCCGAUGGUCUAUAACGCUAUAAUUUGUUUGCCAUUCUACUAUUUUUUUUCAAAAUCCAGUUUCUCAUGUGUUUCUGAGUCGUUAAAUUUACAUUUUCAGGGAUCGAAAGGAAUAGGCGGACCCCCGGGUUUUCCCGGCCCACCUGGCGAGCCAGGUGUUACAGGACACUCGGGUAAAAAAGGCCCUCCAGGAUACCCGGGAGAAAGAGGUUCACGUGGUUCCCCUGGGGAACAAGGCCCUGAUGGAAAAACGGGGGAAGAUGGCUUUCAAGGUGGCCCCGGCUUUAACGGAAGAGAGGUAAGCAAGAGUUGGCGUAAACAAAAUGGAUGAGGAAUUGAAAGUCGGAAGAACCCUGAUCCCUGAUAAUACCCCCUGCCGCGCGGGGGCUGAGGAGAGAGAGGGAGGUGGCGGUGGUGUCUCUCUACCAACCAUUUUUCCCGACAACGCCUCCUUCCCCAUAUCGCGCGCGUCUUAUUUUCGCUUGGCUUGCUUUAUUUUUUAGUCGUCCCUACUGUCUGAAAGCCCAAGCACAGGCUAAUAUUAACCAAGCUUUGAUUGGCUUUUUUCGGUUGCCAGUGGAAACCAUCAACCAAUAGUAACUUAUUCUGCUUACCUAGACGUUUCUAUUCUCCUCAAGGAGAGGGAGUGACAAAAAACUCAUUUACACCCUACGGUCUUGUUCAACCUUAUCCCAUGGACGAAUCUGAAUAAUUAUAAACACAUCACAUUUCAUUUUCCCGAUAUUCGCGGAUCCAUGUAAUUCGGCGCAACUAUUCUUUCAAAUGAAUUGAAAAGGUUAAUCGAUAAUGAGUCUCAUCAAGCUUUAACCCCAUAAAAACAAGUUACCAACUUGACUUUUGUUAGUAGUUAAAGCCUUGAAUAAGUUAUACAGUGCUGGAUAAGCCUUAUUCAGGCGGCCCGUGGACUUUUAGGUCAAUUUAACACACAUAAGCAUUGAAUGCUGACCAGGCUAUUUUCUGAAGGUACCCUGACUCGAGAGAUCAGUUCUCAAAUAAGCCGCGGUUUGCGUCACGUUGCGCUUUUGUCGAGAUUUAAUUCCCAAGAUUUACAAGAAAAACGUCUCUGGUUUAUAAGGUGUUUUAUACAGCGGUUUAAUUUGAAAGGAAAUUAAGAGCGAACUUCAAUCAGUCUUAACUGUUUCUGUUUCUUUUUCGUUUUUAGGGAGAUAGAGGAAACACAGGACCGGAAGGCGUUCAGGGAGAUCCUGGUGAAAGGGUAUUGAUAUCUUGUUUACUCUUCCACCACAUACCUUCCUUGUCAUUUUUGGCACUUGCGAUCACUCAUCUGGGAUUAUUUGAAUCAUGAAUUGAGGGUGGCAAUUGGCGACGAGAGAAGCGGGGAGACCGGAAAAAAAAGUAUCAAUAAAUAAUUAAAUGACAAUCGAAUAAAAUAAUUGGUCUCUUAUUUCGACAGCCAGAAUCAUUCCGUGCCAAGUUCAUCUUCUCAGCUGUCUUAUCCAACUACCGUUUAAACUCAUCUUGUUACAUCAAUUUAUUCCUAGGGAUACCCUGGUGCUACGGGACCAAGGGGAGGUUCGGGAGCAGCGGUAAGAAAAUUUUUACCUUUAAUUCAAACUUAAACUAAAUAAAACGUGCAUAAUUUUACCAGCCGCUAGGAAUGACCAGAAAUUCAAAGAGUUAACCUUUCCUAGCACUUGCCUUUCCAAGGGCCUCACAGAUAGUUCGCUUUAUCCCACUGAUACUAAACUUCCAUUUCUACCUCAAAAUCCUGGACGUGUCAUUCGUAAUCCUGGGUCACUGAGUUUCUUUGGAGUCCGUAUUAAGGACGUUUGUCCUGUACUUCCAUAACGCCAAGAACCGGGACGAUAGAAAUAUUUUGUGCUGCGUAAUAAACAGCAAGAUCUUUGUCGAGUGAAUGUGUUCUAGCUACCCAAGCGUAUGCAACAUAGCAUGUUACUUGUUAGUCUACAAGAUUAUUGGUUCUUAUCUUUUCACAGGGGACAUACGGAGCACCUGGAGAACGCGGGGGACCCGGACAGAAGGGGAACCCUGUAGGUUGAUGACUUUACUGACGUUCAGCGCUUAGAAGUUUUACUUAUGUUUUCGUUGUUUAGAAAUUGUUUCCUCUCCUUCCAAUAGGGUUGGCAGGGGGCUCCAGGACUCCGGGGUCUCCCGGGAGGAACAGGAACAAAGGUAUUUAUUUUACCUUAGGAUUUCACCUACAGGAUAGACUUAGAAGACUUGAAGACUUUCUAAUUGUUAGAACUAGCCGUCCAGAUCUGUCUAAUUGUAAAGCGAAAUCCACUAUUAAGCACGAUUAUUCAACCAGAUUAGUCUAUUAAUGGUAUCGUCGGCGGUGGUGAGUUUUAGGGAAAAUUUCGAGAUAAAAAUAUACAUUUUUUUUUUCAAAAUUACCGACCCGAGGAGUCGGUUCUGACUUUUCGAAAGCGCUCAUUUUCUGAUCACAGUCGAGGAUUUCAUCCACAGACUAAAAAGCUUGAACCAGAUUGUACAGCUCAAUACACGGAACACCAGAAAGUGCUGGUAAAAAGUUGAACGGUGAGAACUUAGGUUUUUAUCCAUCUCAAACACUACCAAAUUUCUGGAGCCCACCUUCAGCCUUUUAAUACUUGGUCCUUUUUAAAACAGGGAUCCCAAGGUAACCCAGGAUCUCAAGGUCUUCCGGGUCGAGAAGGAGACCAGGUGGGUAAACUGUAAUUCUAACGGUGAUUCUUUUAUAACUAAUCAGAUGUAACAUGCAGCUAAUUGAGAUUUCUUCUUAAAUUACAGGGGCCACCAGGAGGGCGUGGUUUAAAUGGAAGAGAUGGUAGCGCAGGGACCAUGGUAACAACGCUUUCCUAACUACACUCGCUAAGGGGGUACUUCCCCAAGAUACCUGUAUAGAAACGUGCCACCUAAUGGCGUUGCCAUAGACAACGCAAAAUCAAAUGAGAAGGCGAAUUUGCCGUUCUGUCAUAGGUCAAUUCGGUUUUAGAUCUGUGCGCGCCGUCGUCACUGUCGUCGCGUUGUCGCACGAACGUCUCACAUUAUCGGCAGCCAAAUUAAAGAAGGAGGUACAUUUGGAAUGCAGUAUCCUAGCUUCUAGGGCGGGGUCUGAAUUUGGGGGCUUUGGUGGAUCAUACUUGCUCAAAACCUACCCAAGUGCCACCCGAAGUUUCACAUAUUUUGCUACACCGAUUCAAGUUUUGCGAUUAACAUUCUCUUGCAGGGUCCCACAGGGCAUCGGGGGAGAAGAGGUCCCCGUGGAUACAAGGGUGCCACUGUGAGUAAUAUCAUAGAGUCAAACCUCCAUGUGCGACCAUCUCUCGUUAGCAACCACCUUCUAUAAGCGACCGCUUAUCCAAAACCCCCCAAAUUUUUCUCGUUAUAACCCUUUAAUAAAACCUAUCGUAAACUUCUACUACUCUUAAGCAACCGCGACCACCUUUUGGCGGCCUGGCCCCGCUUGCUCAAACGUUGGAUAGCGCUAUCCGCCGGGUAAAUCACUGUCCAGUGGAUACGUAUUGCGGAAAUCAAUUACGCCAUCCGCUUGAUAGAGAUUUAUCUGGUGGAUAGUGCUAUCCAACGUUGAACGACUGGGGCCUGAUGGUUUUACAGUAUUCCACUGUUUUUAACCUCUUGCAAGCGAACACUUGACGCAUGGUAUUGUUUCUUUGCUCGUUGUAUGUUCUUCUCCACUCCGAGUAUACUAACAACUUUUAGUGACAACAUGGAACUACACGUACACGUAACUCACAAUAAAUGCGGGCAAUAAAUUCUGUGCCAAAAAGUAGAUGUGUCGGGACUCAUUCUCGGAAGAGAUUCCCAUUGGUUCGAUUCUCGUAAGCGAUCGCCUCCCGUAAACGACCACUAAUUCUUUGCGUUUUGGGUGGUCUUUCACGGGAGGUUCGACUGUAGUUAACCUAAUCUGUCUCUUUUAACACUUAAAAUAGACCUUUUUACCGAUACGGCGGCCAUAUUGAAUUUAUUAGAUUUAAGGAGUAUAAUGGAUGCCUAGAGCAAAAAGAGAACUUCAAUGUACAUUUCUCGGGAAAAAGGCGAUCAAUAUUACGUCCAAACACGGCACAACGAUCUUUUUCCCCAUUACAAUCUUUUUCUAGGAAUUCUUAAAGAAAAAUUGGCCCGAAAAGCGCGCGUAAAUAUUGAUGCGAGUACAUCGACUCGUGCUCAUGCCCCUGGGCAUCCAAUAAUACUCCUUAAAUCUAAUUAAUUCAAUAUGGCUGGCGUAUUGGUAAAAAAGCUCUUUUAUGGAAACAUCUAAUGCAGUUUUAGCUUUUUAGUCCGCGGACGAAAUAAUAAGGUGCAACAUUUCAAAUCUGAUUGCGUUGAUGGUAGUUUUGCAUCGCACUCACUUUUCAAUGACACUUGGAAUAUGGAAUCAGUUAACGAUUUUGGUGAUUCUGUACUCGUCACUCUGUCAACAGCUACACUUGUUAGCUGAACUCACGCGCUUUUCUAUUUCUGUAGGGCGAAGAAGGAGUUUCAGGGGCAAAGGGAUCCUCCGGACCUGUCGUAAGAAUCACUUAUUUGCAUGGAAGUGUCUUGAUAGAUCAUACAGAAGUAAUUAGUCAUAAGUUUACUGAGAUUACACAAGGCCGUUCUUGAACCACGACAAGUUUUUUGUUUCUAAAAGAGAUCGGGCCAAUGGUCACUAAGGCUUGCCACGCUCUGCACCCCACAGCAGCUUCUGCACGCUCUGUGCAAGGAUGUUUCGUCAUCCAAGGACGUUGCUAUGCCUUUUGCAUUCUUCCCAUGAUGUCCUAAGAUCUCUGGUCCACGCGCAAAAGUGGCGCCUGGGUACAAAGUAGUUACAGCAGCGCCUUUCGUAGAUGACUGAUGCUCGCUUUCGCGAUUAGCUGCUUGACCAUAGAACUAGUAGUCUAGGCAUUUUAACGCUUUGUACGCCCAGGGAGGAUAUAGCUAACGUUUGAAUUGUGUGAACGUCAACAAUUAAAUCAGUGAAAAUUGGAUCAGAACCUGACAAUACUAUCAUAAGGACAACAAAACUGCCAAUUUUAACAUGUAAGCAUGUAGUGCAAUGAUGAGUGUUGGAUAACUUUAAGGCAAGGGGAAAGCCGCAUUUUAAAAAUAGUCUUCGCGAAAAGGCUUCUAAUUAAAAAAAAUCCGGCACUGUAAUCUCAUCAGUACGCAUUGAGAUUUUUUCUUAUCUCAGGGAUCUCGCGGACGUGGAGGUCGGCCAGGUAGAGGAGGUAGCCCCGGAAAGCCAGUAAGUCGUAUCUAUUAAAUCUUAAUUGGUCAUUUAUGUUUGUAACACGUUAACGUUUUAACGCGGUUGGGUGAUCCGUGUCAAACCAGGGUCUAGAACGAGGCAAGGGGGUGGGGAGGGGGUGUCCCGAUCCAGCAUUCCCACUCCUUUUUCACGACAAUCCGGCAUCCCGAACUUAUGCCAUCGCUAUCCCGAAUAUUCUUUCCCAAUACCGCAUCCCAUGCCAAGAUUUUGGCGCAACACGCUUCCCAAGUAGGGGUAGUACAGUUCUGGCCCCUCCCAGAACUGGACUAGAGUAGGGGUCAAAUCCCGUAUCCCUUCAAGAAGUUUUGCAUUUUUCCGAAUCCCGCACUGUAUUUCGGUAAAUUUCUGGCUACCGAAAAUACCCUUACAGAUACUAUUAAACCUUUCCUCUCAUAAUCAGUGCCUAUUCAACAGGAAUAAGACGUGAGAAUUCAGGUGAUAUGAUCGCCCGUUUUAGCACCAAUUUCCCAAAUUUUACUGCAUGAGAGCAUGAAAGUUUUAAUGACCGUUGAAGGGUGCCGUUGAUCAUGUACACCUGUGACAUUUGCAUUUUAAUAACGUUCCUCUGGCUCGUUCCGCUUAAGUUUUGAACAUUGUUAGCGGUUCUUCCUGCACACUAUUGUUAACUUAUUUUUUCGUUGCAACAACUCUAAGUAUGAAUACAUAUUUUUCUUGGCAGGGGGAUCGUGGGUACGACGGAGAGACUGGAAAACAAGGCGAAGCCGUAAGUACAAUGAAUUAGGUAGAAAGCUUCUCGUGAUUUUACUUCUUUAGUACGUCCUGAGCUUUAUACUGUCGUACGCGAUCACACUAACGCCCUUACCGGUUUUAAAUACUAAAUAUUGUUUACCACAAAUGAUGCCUUAGCGCUUUUGUUGCCAGACUUUUGGAUGAUUUUUUGUAUUUAGGGACCAGUGGGAGAGACUGGACUUGUGGGACCCAUGGGAAAAAAGGGAAAAAUGGUAAGUGCAUAAAUACAUGAGACUGAAAAGUGGGAAAAAACCGCUCUUGAAAAAGAUGUGGCAAGGGAUUUGUGCGUGAGAUUUCUGUUAACACAUGAAGAAAAGUGCACGACUAUAAGACAAAAUUCUUUACGCAUCAAUAAAUAAAAUCUGGACCGGAAGUGGAAUACAGGAUAUCACUCUGAAAUCUGACUAAAUUUUGUAGUAUUUUCCCACUUCCUACAAAUUUUUUUAUCGGUAUGCUUCUUUUUUUUUAGGGUCCUAUAGGCAAACGUGGAUCUCUUGGUAUAACCGGCCUAAAUGGACCGAAAGUAAGUUGAAAUCAUUCCUUAAUUGAGGAAUCAUUUCGAGUUGUCUUUAGCUUAAGUGACAAAGUAGAACUACAAUAAUAGCCCGGUGUUCAUGCCAUCAGAGACACCAUCGGCGACUGGUCUACGCGGUACGUGACGUUACGUUGCAGACAUACGCUUUUGCCUCUUUUUGCACCAGAAUCGAGUCAAAGAAACAUGGCAUAUUUGCAAUCACUAGAAUAAAUCGCCCCAUGCAAGAUAAUCCAAGACAGUCUUGGAUUCUGGAUUCCGCGCGGUGGAUUCCAAAUUUCAGGUACAUGUACUGGUUUCCGGAUUUCUCGUCAGUGGAACUUGGAUUCGGGAUUCGGGAUUCCUUGAGCUGAAUUCCAGAUUCCUCAAUUGCCCGGAAAUUCGAGAAACAGGAUUACCUAAAAUGGGGUAAACGGGCACAUUUGUUUGUGGUUUCUGGGAUCGUCUGAAUGAAAUACGUCAGACGAUUCUCCAAUCGCGUAGCAGACGGCCACAAAUCCUGACCAUCAAGAAUUAUAUGGAAACUACGUUUAACGAUUAUUCUUGACAGGGAAACAGGGGAGCAGUGGGGAAGCAAGGUUUAUCAGGAGAGCCUGGUGCACAGGUUAGACAGGAUUCAGAUUUCUACCUAACACGCCGGAUUGGCCAUUUUUGAUUAGGUCGGGUAUUGCUUUCAAUUAACCGGUGUAUAAUUCUUUUGCAGGGUCAAAUAGGACCUCGUGGAGAGAAUGGAGAGUUUGGAUUAACAGGUGAAAUGGUUAGUAACAAAAAAAGUGUUCCUUGCCCCUUUGAGGUUGUUCUCCUUACUUUAUAAAAAACGUGAGCGCUUACCAUUUGUUUGGAAAACCCGGAAAUUCCGGGAAGAAUUCAAAUGGAACGGUUCAUCCCGGUGGAAAUUUUCCGGCAAAAAAGUAAUACCUUUCGAGGUAUUACCUUUUCCCGUUGUUACCAAAACGACCGAAAUUUUCUGUACCAUUUGUUUGGAUUACCUGUGCCAGGCUUCAUGUCGAGAGAAAGCAAAAAAUUUACCGGUAUUUUGUAAAUGGACAACUCAAUCCCGUUCCUGUUUUCGGUGCCAGAAAAAAUACUAGUACCAUUUGACGGAAAUUUUUGACCGAAAUUUCCGUACCAAUGGUAAGCGCUCCGUGUUUAAAGCGCUUUAAAUCGAUCUUUUACGUUAAUAUUAUUGUUGCACAAGUCACUGAUUGGUGACUUCUUUGUAUAUAAGGUACGGAAAAACGGGCAACAAAAACGUGCAACUUGUUUCCCAACACUGCUGCAAAUUGAGUUCAAAAGCAAUGUUGCGCUUUUACCAGCCACUAAUCAAACCUGUCUUGCAACAAAUCAGCUGGUUGUUGCAGGUUUCGAAGUGUCAGUAUUGUCUGUUUUCUUUACCCUUAUUUUACGUCAUCUAGUGAUUUCAUAGCUCUACAAAACCAAGACAACGUGGUUUCAUCUGAUUACUGUAGUGCUGCUCUAAAUUAUACCCUAUUCUUCUUUAAGGGUCAAACUGGCCCCCGAGGAAAUCGAGGAGUAAGCGGAGGUCAAGGUAGUAUGGUGAGUAGAGAACAACUUCCGGAACGAGGUUAAAUCGUUGUUACGACGUUAUCUAAAUAUCUGUCAAAAUUCUUACUGUUUUAUUUUCUAUUUACAGGGGCUGAAAGGCGAGCAAGGUGAAGGCGGAUUCCCAGGAAAAGAGGUAAAGUAAUUACUUUUAAGAGGAGGACAUUGUCAUUAAAAAUGUUUCCAUCUAGGUGUUUGAGUAUCAAAUGAAACACUCAUUCUAGUGUUCGGUAUAUUACAUCUGACUGCCAGUCAUACCAAGGAAAUCGCCUCUCCCUUUUGUGUUACAGGUAACUGAAAAUGAAAAACCCCAAAACGGAAUUCUACUAGAACGAUUUCCUUUUAGUCUUACAUAGUCAUAAGAAGGGGAUAAAUUUCCCCUUUUGUUGGGUUAAAAUUUGAAAAGUCGACUAGCGCUCGACUGCUUGGUUCAUGUAGCGGAAGAACUUACAAUAUUACUUAAUCUCUCAGGGAAAUUCUGGCUUUCCUGGAAAAAAAGGAGUUGAAGGCGAAAUGGUAAGACAUUUUGUUUGUUAUUAUCUGUUCUAAACGUUAAACAAAUUUAUGCUGAUUCAAGUUGUAUAUAUCCUUUUAAACAUAGGGUGCAGUUGGUUCUCAAGGCGAGCAAGGAGACUUUGGAAGACCUGGAUAUGUGGUAAAAAUCAUGAUUAAAGCUCUUAUACCAGAGACGUACAAAUUAAAUUGGCACAUGCCACAUGAACAGGGAAAAUAGCUAAGGCAACUAAAGCGCUUCGAAUAAAGAGCGUUUCUUCCCCUCAAGAAUAAUCCCAAAAAACGGGAAUGCAGUCUUUCACAUGUUUGAAUUGUGCAUUAUUCUGGUGAUGGUCUGCAGUUUUCCUGUAUGUUUCCACUCCAAGCAUACGGGUAGUCAGUCACCCAGCCUGUCGGUCAGUCUGUAAUCUGUCAGUCUUCGGGGAGGCAGCUGAGGCAGGCUGUUAGGCUAUCACUGGAUUAGUAACAUGCUAUUAGUCACUAUCAUUUUGCACGUUGUACCAAGUGAUCUCUGUCUUAUUUCAUACACGGUUAUUUUAAUUCAAGGAACUCAGAUAACAGUUUUUUUUUCUUGUCUCGGUAUUUGUAGGGACCACCCGGCUCGUUAGGUCUGAUGGGAGAGGAUGGCGGACGAGGAGCAAGGGUAAAAUCCUCUUCUGUUAACACUGUUCAAAACAACAGCAGCUACAUCAACGCGAACAAAUGUCAACAAUUUUUUUCCAAUGCUUUUUCGCUGCUCGCUAUUGGUUUCUUGGCAAUUUUUUUUUCGUGAAAAAUGUUACUUAAAAGCGCUAUAAAAUCAAGUGUUGACAAAACUUGAAGCUUUCUUUAUGGUUUAGCUCAUUGCACGAUUGGAGGUCUGAAAAAAAUCCUUUUACAAAAUUGAAUAGACUAACUUAGACUUGAGGGUCCCAACCUCGUUCUCAGGGUCUGUCUCCUACUCGUCCCUCGAGUUGGAGAGGAUCCUAAGAACGAGGGUUGGAAGUGUUCGUGAAUUUAGCCCCAAGCCACUCAAGCUUCAGUACUUUAUAACACAUUAUGAAAGAAGUGAAGCUUUUGUUACUGGUUUUUACUUCUUCAUUCUAUCUAACAGGAGGGCAUUUUGUAUGCGCAUGCGUCAAUAUGGGCUGUUGAAGUGCCACAGAGGCAUUUUCUGUGAAUUGUUUACGUUUAGUACCAGCAUUUCCAGGCUGUUUUCUGGAGCUGAAUGACAUGUAUUGGGUGCUACGUUCCACAAACGUGUUCUUUAAGGUACCGAGGUAUUUCUACGAUGAAAGUGAGUUUAUUGUAGCCUCGCUGUCGCCCUUGAGAGAACAGUAUUUCCUUUCGUAAAACAGUACAUCGAGGACAAGAUGGCGGCUGAAUGUUCUUACCACCUAUAACAUUUCGCGCGCAUUUUUUGAGCAGGAGGAAAAGGUCAGUAUGAUAGUUUUUCGUUAAACAAUUAUCGUAUAGAUACUUAAUUCUUCUCAAUAGUAUAAUUCUAAAAUCGAACUUAAUCGUUUCAGGAAUACGGUGGUUAAUUAAAUGUCCAUUCUGCCGUGAAACUGUUUUUCACCCUUUCUCUGGCUUGUUUAUCUCGAAAUCUUGCCUUUCUCCCCAGAUUAAGUUAAUGAUUAAUGAAACUAACAAUACUUCCGCGAAUGAAUGGCGCUUUGAUGAAGGCUGUGAAAAAUCGCCUUCUGCAGUAAUUUUAGCUUUCUUCUCCGGUGCGUCUUCGUUGAGAAAUAAAAUACAUGCACUUCAACAAUAAAUUUAAAUCAAUAUAAUGAUGCCAGUAAGAUUCUGUUUUGAAAAUAAGAAUAUUCUAUCAUUUAGUUGUACAAAGGAAAAAAAUUAGAGCAAUCGGUUUGAAUUCUGAUUUUUUCCACCUUAUUUUGAUGGUACACUGUUUGUUUACAUUUUAUUAUGCAAAUAAAUAUAACAGUUUGGCGUUUUAAAGAAAAUCUAGCCUAACUCCCCAACCCCAAAAUAGCUCGAAAUGAAACGUUAUCAAUACACCUUUUAAAUAAAUCCUGGCUCCUGUUGCAAAAAAAUCGCAUUUAUUCCUAAAUGAUACCAUUUUGUGGAUACUACAUUUGUUGAUAUGCUAAUUUGUGAGACAUUUCAUUCACGAAGGACGUUGACUGAGACCAGCUUCUCCUCUGUAUUGAACCACAUUCUUGUUUAAUGCAUCAGUUUCUGCUUUAUAAUUCUUCCAUGAUGUACAACUUACAUAAGGGCUUCAUAUGGAUACAGUAAAAAGCUCUCAACAGAAGCAAUAACAGACAAAUUCAUCCAUUUGUGUCAUGUUUGUUGUCGCAUCCCAGCUCAUUUGGGUCUUUUAGCAGAAGUAUUUAUUUUUUGAGGAAACAGCAUUAUAUGCACCCCUUUAACGAACUUCCUAUCUUAUGUUUAAACAGGCUUUGAAGGUGAACAACAUGGUCAGGUUAGAUUUAUGGAGUGAUGGCCCGAUUCUCCGUUUUGAAUGGAUCAUUACUGUUAUCAAAUAUAAAUUAAUAACAAGAAAUCGAUUUUGGAACACAGGAGCUGUUACUCAAAAGUCGCUUCAAAAUAGUAGCUUAGGAAAUCUCUGUAUCUUUUAGAGUUAAAGAAAAAUAAAAGUACUGUUCGUUUUUUCGGAGUAUGUGCAUUCGUUUUGUCUGCAACUGAGCUUAUAAAAUGCUCACUAAUCACUUGUAAUUGUUUCUGUCUCAAACUCAGUCCAUUCUCCAUUUCCUACAGAAUAUCUUUUAUAAACUUUUCCGCGAAAACUUUCGAAAAACUGUAAAACCCCCAUAGAUUCCACGUUUUCGUGGCACAUAUAAACGCUUGUCUUCGCGAUCAGUUUAACAUGAGACAUCGCGCCUCGCGUGGUAAUUUUUUUUUCGCUUUUUGUCUUAAAGCAGCGGAACAUUGCUACGAUGCAUUUCCUCCCUGAUAUGUAAAACCACGAGUUCGGAAAUCAAACCAUAGAAAUGCAUUGCUUUGCCAGUGAAAAUCAGACUUAUACAGGAACAUGACUUUUUCGCGUUGAGUCUUGAAAGUCUUUAAAAGGCCAAGAAAACCUGCUGCUGAAAGAUCUACAAGUGAAAACCCGGGUAGAAAACGUCUGACUUUUGUCAUGGAGAAUAUAUUUUUAGGAAAGUACGGUAUUCAAAGUACCAACGAAAUGGCUUUUAAAAGGACUGUAACUUUACGCGCGAGUUUUCGAUUUCCCGCCAUCAGAUUUGCUGCGCCCACGCUAUUGUCGUUCGGCGGAUUCACGCAUGCGCAUGCAAAAUGCCCUCCUGUUCAUUCUAUCUUAUUCAUUUGCCUUUUUUACAGGGAGGUGUAGGACCCAUGGGACCGACAGGAGGAACUGGUGUCAAGGGAGAAACGGUACGUUCCUAAGUAUCCUGGGAUCCCAGGUUAAUGAGCAAUAGACUCUAAUUAUCUCUCAUUUUGUUCGUGUUUCAUUCAAGUAGCAAGUGGGGUUGUUAAUUGUUUUACUGAUAAAGCUAUGACUACAUUAGCUUCUGCACGUUUUUCUUUUGUUUUCUUUUUGUUUAGAAUUACUUUUUCUGUUCUUUUUGUUCAUUUUGCUCAAAGGGAGGCAGCGUCGCCGAGCGGUUAGAGCGUUUGAAUUGUAAUUCGGAGGUCCCGGGUUUAAUCACUGCCCAAACCGCCUAGCUGGAUUUGUUCACGGUAGUCCCACGUUCAAAACCUCGGCCUCUCUUGUAAAUAGCCAACUGAUUUGCCUCCGGCCAGCUAGGAUUCUUAACCCUCUGGGCCAAAAUGAAAACUACUGGUUUUACAGUAAUCGUGUUACCCCUAUACAUAAAGUUAAUUUAUUUAUGUUUGUCUGUUUGGCGGUAGGGCGCUGCAGGAAAUCCAGGACGGUCAGGCCCUCGUGGUGCUAGAGGACAGAAGGUUAGGGCCCAACAUUUAGCUGAUGUUUUGUUGCCAUGGCUGUAAAUCAUAAAGCAGUAACACCUUUGCAAUUCACUAUAGCUUCUUCAGUAGCGAUAGUCUUGUACUCAUAGCGUUUACACAACAAAAAAAGAAUGUCGAACUAAACGUACUUAACAACACCGUGCGUGAGUUAUUUUUUAAGUGUGGUGAUGAGAAAAGACAUAAGGGACUUUAAGAUCCAACGACGCGACAGCGACGAGAACGUCGCUUAAAAAGUGAAUUUGCGUUCUUUCAGUCUUUAUAGCGAUUAUUCCUACCCACUUACUUUGUCAAUUGUAGGCGAACCCUCCUGAAGAUGAAUUUCAAAGGACCAAAUUCAAGGUCAGAAAGAGAAAUAAAAUUUCGUCGUUGCUUGUUUACGUCCUCCAUAAAACGCGAAAUUAGGCAUUUUCACGUCGUAGUCGUGCAAAAACGGGAAAGAAAUGUACAAAAAAGUGUGAUGCACGUGCGAAGUUGUUGUUUGGCUAAUUAAACCAAUUGUUUUUUUGGCGUUCUCGUUGUCGUCCGCGUCUUUGGAUCUUAAAGUCCCUAUAAUGUUAGUGAAACAACGCUGCAUAGUAUUAUUCUUUAUUACUAGGGAUCAGACGGAGAAAACGGAAAGCAAGGACAGUCAGGAGAUCAAGGAAUUAGGGUAUGAUUGAAGACUGGCUUAUAGCUACAUAGUGAGUGGGUAUUUCCACAAUUUGUCAACACGUUUUAAAAUUUUUUUCUUUUCGAGUCCAGCGGCUUGAUUUAUUUCACGGAAAUUUGCCCGCGCGCAUAUGGGUAGGCAUGUUAGUUCAACUGUGGGUAAUUGUAAAAUUAAAAUGCUUUUCUCUAUUGAGCUGAUGCAAAACUUUGGCCAACGUCAAGGGAUUAGUGAAGACCUUCAAGUUUGGAGCGCUCAAAUGGGAUUUUCGAGUUUUUUUAAUGUUCGAUAAUCUCUUCAUUUCAGGGCGUGCCCGGAGACAAUGGCCUAGCAGGUUCCCAUGGUGAUCAAGGAGAGGCGGUAAGGAGAUAAUGCUUUCCAUUACUGCCAAAUAAACAACUUACCCAAGUUGGAUAGAGCAGUCCAGAUAUAUCGCUCUCCAUUGGAUAAGUAUUGUGCCACCCACUGGAUUGGGACUUUUUUUUUCACAGGAUAGCACUAUCAACCUGGAUACUAAUAACUGGAGACUGUUAUUGUACUUUUCACCACAUAUACAUUAGUUUUAAAGCGAUUCUAACUUUUCCGUGAAUGACUUUUAUUUUAGGGGGAGAAAGGAGAUGCUGGGGUCAAAGGCCGCGUGGGGUACCCAGGCAAAACGGUAAGGGAGCAUGAUUUUGUUUUCAUUCCCACCUUUGCUCGUCAUAGCAAUAGUACUUAUCCUACUUAUUCUACUUAUUAUUCUGCAGUUAUACUUAUAGUACUUAUUCUUCUGUCAACGCAGGGCCCUGUUGGAGACGCUGGAACGAAAGGGACGGUUGGGCCUCCAGGAAUAACAGUAAGUCAGUGUUAAGGUUUGUAUGUGGCAAUUCAGAAAUGGUUGACGUUUAGAAAUCAGUUUUGGAGGAACACGGAAGUAAAUGCGAAGCAAAUACCUGAUGUUUUCAUAAAAGAUUAACGUUAUGGUUUAAACAUUCAGGGUCCGAGUGGAGAAGAAGGGAUCGCUGGAUUAAAAGGAGAGCCUGGACAACAGGUGCUACAAUUUAUUUUUAAGUUGUUUAAUUUAUCUUAAAAUAUCACAUUAAUAAUUCAUAAGGAAUGCAAAAAAAGAUAAUAAUAAUAAUAAUAAUAAUAGUAAUAAUAAUAAAAUUUAAUGAGGGUUUUUCAAUCUGAUAAAUCAUGGCCCCAAUUUAUUUAAUUUUCGAUGGGUGGGAGGAGAGUUAGUAUAUUGGUUUUAUUGUUUAUGUUAGGAAUUUUUAUGGCAGUGAGCGUUUGGGGCUAUUAUUGAGUUGCACUUAAUAUUUUCUCUCGUCGUCUCAGGGGGUUCGAGGAUCAGCUGGUGCUAAAGGAGCAGUCGGUAGCAGAGGAGAAAGGGUCAGCAGAGGCUUGAUUUAACUGUAGUUACUCUUUCCAUGCGAAACUCCACUUAAAAAGAGCCCGACGUCUCGUGACGUCACGUUCGCCCUGUUUUUAUCACAAAACAAUGAACCGGCGGCCAUGUUGGUGUCCUAAACUAGUCACCUUUUUCAUAUGUAAAGACUUUCUUUUGUUCCAAUAAAAUUGCUUAGCUGAUUUCCACGUGAGUGAAAACGCUCUAUAAAUCUUCUGUUACUAUUAAACGUCACGUUUUCAAUACAUUCGAUGAACGGAACCAUCCUAACUACGGACAAGUGAUUUUGAAGUGGGACACCAACAUCCUUACUUAUUGAAGGUUCUUUACUUUUACUCUACAUUUCUUUGGUUCCACUUUUCUUUACUUUUGAGUUUGUCGAAGGUUCCUUAUUCCUUCACAGAGAGCACAGUGCAAUAUUGACAGUCAGCAAUCCUAACCUAACAAUCCUAACAUUUGAUUGUGCAUGCAACGUUCCUAGCCUGUGACAUUUUUUUAAACUUAGACUCGUGGACUCUGCAUUUGUUUGGUUCCAUUUUUCUUUAGUUACCAAAGGUUCUUUACUCUUUCACGGAGAGUGCAAUAUUGACAGUCAGCACGCCUAAACUGUGCAUGAUACAGACGUUUGAUUCUGUCUUCGUUUAGUUGUUUGUAUCUUAACUCAUGGUCCCGCUGAUAAAAACCAUUUAAACAUUGACAAAAGUUCAGAAAGUCUUCCGUGAUCCGCAUCUAUUCAAAAAUGGACAACCUGAUCUUUAUUUGAUCGUUUGAAUAUCUUUUUUGUUUGAUAGGGAGUUAUGGGACAGUUAGGACCCAGUGGAAUGCAAGGAGAUCGUGGAGUAUCGGUAAGGUCGUUCUUCCUUCUGUACUAAAUAUACCAAGGCUACCUUAUACGCCGGUAACAAAUACUUAACUGUGUUUGUUGCCUGUGUCACUAACAUCGGUCUAAUAUAUUCGGCUGGCUUAACCCUUUAGGCCUCAAGAGUGACCAACAUCAAGUUUCUCCUAACAACAUCAGCAGAUCAUCAAAAGUUAAGGUUAUGAGAAUUGCUAAAUUGAUUACCAAAGGGGGGAACACUUUGCGGAUCUUAAAGCAAAUUCUCUCAACUAUUCUUUAAAGAAAUGUAUGGAGAUCAGUCUGGAGAUUUUGUAUGUGGAUCUUGGGGCUUAAAAGAGUUAUUCUAGUUGAUGGCUUUAGCUCCCAAGGGUUUACUGAAGCUCGUUGGAAUUACAAAAACGUCAUAAAUUCGACUCCUGUGCGGAGAUCUCCGAAGAUUUGUCCGAGUAGCUAGUGACACUAACUGAAGCAGAGGAUCUGCUGUAGUGUUCACUUUUAUACUAUGCAGUUUUUAUUCGUAAUUAUUGUUUUCAAUGUCAGCCAAAGAGGCAGCAUUUCUAUUUUCAUUCAUAAAGAAUCCUUUGCUUUUGUUCCUGUUUUGUUUUGAUUGCAGGGGGAACCUGGCGAGGAAGGAGUUAGCGGUGCCCAAGGGCAAAAUGGUGCUAAGGUGAUCAAAGCAGCCUUGAUAACGUUACCACUUACACAAGUGAAAUCUUUAUAUAGGUGGACACAAAAUUUGUUUGGUUCCGGUUUUCUUAAAGGAAGGGUUUGAAAUUCAGCUGGAAUCAUAUCCCUAACUUGUUCAGUCGAAAUAAACGCCCCUUAUCUUCGACUCCGCCUUUUAGACCCAGGAUUUAUUCGGGGUACGGCUAUAAAUGGGAAAAAGCGGCUUGACCAGGGCCGUAGCCAGGAAGAAACUACAACCGAGGCGAACACACGGUCCGUUGUACGAAAUCAGCCGUAUGAAAUCUUCUAAUAUUAUCAGUCUGAUAAAAAAAAUAAAAAUCGACAGUAUUUGGUAAAAUUUUACCGAGGCGAGUGCCUCGGUUCGCCUCAUACUGGCUACGGCGGUGUUGACACAUUUUUUUUCUCAGUUGAUAUUCAUCGAUUUGUUUCUCACAGGGAGCCAAAGGUAACGUUGGCGCUCCGGGCUCUCGAGGCGAGCCGGGAUUUCCCGUAAGUUACACCACAAAUAUCUCAUAUCUAAAGCAAAUCAAGUUUGCUUUUGUUUUCACCGUUAUACUUUGUAACUCUUUUAAAAAGGCUGACGUUGAUUUCUUAACUUACCACAAUCAAACAAACGCGAAAGUGAAUCUGGGCUUGCGCAUUUUUCACGCUUGACGCUGACGUCAGUCAUGUUUUUGAUUGGUUGAAGCAUUUUGAAGCUGGUUCCGGAAACUGGUUACCUUGUUUUUCACCUUCCGACAAACUCAAUAGAAAACCGACUUACGUAUAGUCUGCCUAGAAUUAAAUAAGAAAAGUAUUGAUCUGUUCAAUCGGGAUUUUCCUCUUUUCAGGGUCUAGAAGGUUCCGCUGGCAUUUCUGGCGAGGCUGGACAUAGUGGUAAUCAGGUAAGAAGAACGCUGUAGAGUUUGUUGUUGACAUUAUAGCGCGGCAAAUAUUUGACAUUUGCAUUAUUUUCUUUAACAGGGACCCAGAGGAAGGCCGGGUGCAGUCGCCCCCCCCGGAAAUAAAGGGCCAAUGGUGAGCUUACAAUUACUAAUCCUUACUACUUAUUAGAAUCGAGAACUGAGUAACUGUACAUGUUAAUUAAUCCUUGGGCGCGAAUUGCAGACGAUUUAAAAGCGCUUUACUAUGUAUUUUUUUUCAGGGAAGUAUUGGCGGUCGUGGCUCCACUGGCAAAAGAGGAAUUCAAGGAUCAAAGGUGGUGUUUUCAGCUCUUCCAAUAGUUGCGAAUUCGAAGCAUAAGUAAAAGACGGACAAUACAAUACCUCCGUUUUGGAAACACAAUCACAAAUACCUGCUUUAAGCAAACACAAUUUUUAGUGGCGGUUAAAGUUCAUGUUAGCUCGUAACUCGUUACACUUUUUCUUUUUCAUCAUUUUCAAAGGGAGAAAGAGGAGAUCCAGGCGGAGAGGGCAAGGAUGGAGUUACUGGAAUAAAGGUUGGGUGACGUUGCAUUAAAACGCCUUCUUGCUUUUUCGAUCACGGUCUGAUCUCAUCAUUUCUUCUGCAACUAUUUUUGUUAGGGCAGCGUUGGACUUCCAGGCAAGCUUGGUCGGCGUGGAGAUAAGGCAGAAGAUGUAAGACAAACAAAGACCUUUACUGAGCAUUUUUUCCCGCUUUGAUAACUGUGAACUUUAUUGUAUGGGGACCGCGGAGCACAUUAGAUUGGUGACACCAGCGAGGUCAACGAGCGCCGAAGAGACUAGCUUAUCUAGGGAGGUUGAACUUUUUUCGGGAUCAUCAUAUGCUAGUCCAGUUAGUUGGCUAUGAAGGAGGUCAACGUCAGUAAAUCGUCCAAAGUUACGCUUGCGGUUAUCAUUUCGCGAGUUCUUGUCUUGUGACUAUACAAGACUGGAACAUUGUUAAAUCUCUGCUGGGUCAUCUUUGCUCGUAGCUGCAGCGGCUGGGUUGAUGUGGAGGAGUUUGCAGGCGAAAUUAUUGGUGGGACUAUAGCCCACCCGGCCCCUAUGCUCAGCGGUCAGUGUUGUAUAACUUACGUUAGAAAGGUCUUGUUUGACGCACUUUCAUUUCUGUUUUAUAAUUUUUUGUCGGUGGUCGUGUCUGAUUUUUAAUUCAGCAAGUUCCAGUCAUCAUUUUUAACAGGAGUAAGUGCUUGAUUUUUUUGUGUUUUUCAGGGUCCGCCGGGAACGAAGGGGCCUCAAGGAGGAUCAGGAAGACCUGGGGAAAAGGUUUGUUUACUAACAGACGAAAAUAUUUGUAAACCAUUCAGCCUUCAUACUGUAGAACGUCCAUUUGACGAGGCUUGAUCUAUAGAACGAAUACCUCGGUAUACUGAACAAUUUUUUCUCUACUAGUAAUAGUAUAAUAAUAGUAAAAAAGGUGGAUUUAAUGAAACCCCGUGUUGGCGAACACAGUGUUAAACGCUUUAAGAGGUGAUGCUACUUGAUUCUCAAAGAAGGUGUACAUCUGUGUAUCCGGUUUAACACCAGGCUGAAAGUUUUAUGAUUUGUAACUCUGAGUCAACGCUCUCGCUUAAAACUGAUCUCUCAACAAGACGCACAAAAACGUUCGGUUUUUCUAUGUACCGAUGUUGAAAUGACGUAAUAUCAUGCCUAAAGGCACCUUCGGUUGACGCCAGACAUUGACUUUUCCCGCGUUCCUAUCCCCCGAAAAGUGAACAUUUAGAUGACGUCAUCUGUGAUUUCAGGGCAUGCAGGGAACGACAGGUCCAACUGGUGCUCCUGGCCUCCAAGGAGAGAAUGGGAUUGUGGGAGCUAAGGGAUAUCAAGGGACCCAUGGACAGUUUGGAAAAGAUGUAAGUAAAUGUUCUGGAGUCUUAAAGGAAAGACAUCAAAAACGAGAAAAAGUUUUUCAUCUCGAUAUUCAGACCACAAGAACCGAGCUUUUCCAACAAUCAGUAAUGCUUUAAAAGAUGCAAAGUACUGAAAAUUAUACUUCUUUCAUGGAAAGAAGAAUUAAAAAAGACUUUGUUGAAGAGGGUUGCCCAUCCAUUUUUGCAAAUAUAAUAAGCACCAUUCGGAUAAAUUCCCGUUCAUUUAUUAGGGUUUUCUUCUCCAUGUAAUUGGUUUUUUCUAGUUUCGGUAUUUGCACCUUCGUGAGACUAUUAUAAUAAGUCUCAAAAAAGACCAGAAGCUGAAGGUCUUAUAUCUCGAGCCUGACUCCCCAGUUGAUCGGGCAACUACAAACUACCCUUAAUAUUCAUCAACUUAAGUUUUCUCGAAGUGAAGAUAAACAGUGUACGAUCGCGAGUGCCAAGCCAUGAAGCCGGCAGUUAGUAGGCUUUACUUUCCUUCGACACAUCUGCUAACACUGAACAAAGGAAAGCGCGCACGAAAUUCAUAAUGGCAAGUGUUCAAUGCAUCGACAAAAAAAAUUGACCACCCAACUACAACGCUUCGAAAUCACUCGAUGCAUCCUAAUACUUCUUAUUAAAAAUUAAACACUAAUUGUGUCAUUUUUUAACCAGGGACGUAUUGGAGUUACAGGUGACCCCGGGUUGCUUGGAAAACAAGGUCACAAGGUAAUAAUUCGUGCUCUAUGAAACAUAUAAAUUUCUUACUAUGAUAGCUGGUAUCUACGAAUACAGUACAUCAUAAGAUAAAACGUAUUUGACAAUGAUAACGUGCUUCUGUUCACAGGGAGAUACUGGAGAGACCGGAGUUCCUGGAGAAAAAGGACCAGACGGAGAAAAGGUCUGAGAGAGAAAUUCAGUCAAACGACCUUUAAAUUUUUAACGGGUGCAAUUUACAAGUUUUUUUUAACUCCUACCAGCAGUAUUGUUUACGAAAUUAAUAAAACAAAUCACUCAUUCUACGAUACUCUUUUAAAUUUACAUUGCCCUCUUGUAGCAAAUGUGAUUCAAUAAUAUAAUCAGGCCGUUGAAUCAAUAAAUCUCGCUUUUCGUAUCUUAGGGCGACAGUGGUGACAUUGGUGCGCGAGGUCCCUUGGGAUAUGGAGGUCCAAAGGUGAGGAAAAACCGAGCAAGUCUCCUCCCACGUUCUUCUGAGAAGACCAAGCAACAUCUCUAUCGUUAUUUUUUAUUUCUCUUGUUCAGGGUGCCAUAGGUGAUCAAGGUGUAAGAGGACCAAUAGGAAAUCAGGGAGAACAGGUAUUUUUCUACGGUUAUGGAGUAUUAAAAGAUCUGCUUACUUAUUUGAAAUUUACUUUAUGUUGCUUUAUAUUUUCAGGGAACAAAUGGUCUUCGUGGAGCCCAGGGUCCAUCUGGGCCACAGGGAAUCAGCGUAAGUAGUUUACAUUUUCAUGCGGAAACGUGCGGAAACAUGCGGAAACAGGCGGACAAAUAAGAGUCUUAUUUGUCCGCAUGUUUUUUCCGCGUGCGUCUGUUAAAGCUUAACUCUGGUGAAUCGACACUGCUCGGUUUGUUGCAAUUUGCGAUAUACAGCGAACGCGCUAGUUAAGAGUUACGUACCGAGGGGUCCAAUUUCAAAUCACAUUUGACAGCAAAACAACAGCUACCUUCGGAUUGAAAUUUCAGCCGGUUCAAGUCAUUUUUAUUCACUACAUUCAUCUGUUUUUCAGGGUCCCUUUGGUCCUCUGGGUGACAUUGGAAACAAGGUACAGUAAGUUUAUUUGUUAGAUGGCAACUUUUGGCCUGUGCCAGGCUCUCAGUAAGGAUGUUGCAAGCCAAGCGAAAAUAAGAAGCACGUUGAGACUUAAGGUGUAGACGCGCGUGAUCGCUUUGUCUCUCCCCAGCUACUUCCCGUUUUCGCGUCAGUUCUUACCGCUGGAUUGCAUUGCACUACUAUCUUGGUGGCUGGAACAGCCUAGCAACUUUAGGCACGCGCAUCAACGUAUCGUAACUUUGAUGGUCAAAAGGUCUUGAAUUAUUAUGUUGCGAGACACGGCUAAAAGACCAUCCAUUACUAACAAAAAAUUAUGACUUCGAUAUAAACGUCUUCAAUUCAUAAGCUUUUGAUGUCAUGGCUUACUUUCCUGGACUGGAUUUCAUCCCUAAUAUCACUUUGUUCGAUUUGCAGGGCGAAAGAGGACCACAAGGAGACGAGGGGCCUCAGGUAAAAUUUUACAUAGUUGUUCAAGUUGCGCUAAAUUUUUUAGUGGGAUAUGCAGUCAAAAUUUAAGACCCAUUAACUAUUUAAGUCUAGAGGGUUCGAGUUCUCUGCACAUUUUUGGAGGAUAACAUGAUGCUGGCGAAGCCUAGGAUCUUUUGCGCAGGAGCACAAAGAGCAAACCUGUUCGUCUCACGGCUUUGGUGUCCACACUGAACUCACAAUAGAGAAGAUGGACAAGACCUGACCGCGACUGGCCUCGUAGGUCAUGUCCAGUCAUUCAAUCCAGAUCCAGAAUCCAGAAUUUCAAUCUAGAACUUACAGCUCAGAAGGAUUUAUAGAGUUUCUCACUUGUUAUCAAUCACAAUGUUAUAUUUAAGCCCACAGUAAUGAGCAUACUGUCUGGUUCACAGCUCGGUUGCUUGUGCAAAGCUUAAUACUUCCAUUUGUAUCUCUAUUUAAAAGUAAUCCCGGCAAUUCAUCACUGUUCUUCUUAUUAUUAUACAGGGUAGCCAAGGCCCUUCCGGUCAGCCUGGACCACCGGUAAGUUGAAACAAACCAUUUUGUACAAAAAGGACAUAAUUCCCUGGAGGGGUACUCCCCAUAAUGGCCUAUACGGGGAGGCUCCACCCGGGGUAGGUAUAUGAAAGGGUAGGAAUUUCAUUAGUUAAAGUAAAUAAAAGCGCAAGGGAUUCUGUCAUUUCGGUCUGUAAAAAGACCUAAAAGGGCUAACAGAAGGAUUUUAUAGCAGUGAAAAGGUCGGGAAAAUUCCUGGUUUUCUGAUGUAUUCAUACUUUUAAUGAAAGUGCAUUUACAGCAGUUAAAAGUAAUCAGGAGCCAUGGCUCUUGAAGGAAUAAAAAGUUCUAAACUAGUAUGUAAGGGGUAAGGGGUACCAUUUGUCAAUGGAAGGUAUACAAAAGGGGUCCCUUGUCUGUCAAAAAUGGUAGAUAAAAGGGUAAGAGGUUGGACCCCCCCGGGCAUAACUCAUUCCUCUACUGCCUUUAUUUCACAUUUUCUGUCAAUUCCUCUGCGAUUCGGUGCUGAUGAUUUUGUCUUAUGGCAAGUUGUUUGGUCGAAAGGACAAACAAAAUUUUUCUUAAACUUUAUUUGUCUUUCUUUACAGGCAGAUAUUGCCGGAUUGGUAAGUAAUGUUAUGAGAAGUUUGCCGUGUAUGAUCAAUUGUUGAAAAUUGUACACCAAAACCUCUCGUGAAAUUUUUGUGUCAAAAAUCUUCACAUUGAAACAACUUCUCCAAUUUAGAUCUACCAGCGGUACGGUUUCCAUGGUUACCCUCAGCGUGAUCCUUUAUAUCGAACUCCAUCUCAGAGCAACACUAAAUCCUCGCUUUAUAGAGGCACUGGGGUAAGUAAUGUUUGGGGCGACAAAGUCGCGCUUGUGAGUUCCCUCUUACAAAUACUAAGAAAAUACAGCAACUCUUAAAAAAUGGUAUUUCUGACAGUGUGGUACAACGGAACAGACAGAAAUAGCUAUUUUGCCUGCCUGGACCAGAGGACUGGGCCGGCUAGAAGGAAUUGUGGGUAGCUUUUUGAGAAAUGUUUAGUUUAAAGUUGCAAAUUUGAAUGAGUCUAGGUCAGCAUUCAUUCGAGCUCCUAACUUUUAUCUUAUUUGCAAUUUUGUUUUGUUUGUCAAUAGGCAUUUGGCAGCUAGUUUUUGCGUACCUUUGCCCCCGAGUUGUCGGCACCGCAGCAGAUUUCAGCAGGCGGGGGUGUACGUUCCUUUUUUUCCACAAAGUGGUUUUGGGUUUUCGUAUCCGGCGGUUUCAUAUUUAGUUUCUUUAGAGGUUUGUUUUCGUCAUAGGGUGUUUUGCAAUUAAGUGUGAUCUUGAAAUCUUACGGUAAUUUUGCAAUAAACUGGCUUUGAGGUCCUUGCUGACCGACAGGUCCCUGUAUGUAUUCUUGUGUGGGUGUCUUUCUGGGUGGUGUAGGCAAAAUCGUGGCUUUUAGAAGGGUAUGUCAGAAGCAUUUUUUGUGAAAGAAUAAGUUUUAAAAAAAAGAUAUUAGUUAUCCAUUUAUUUCUUUGCUUUGUUGUUUAUCUUUUCGAUUUCAGACAAAACCCCAAGAAAGCAGCGAUUCACCAAGCAGUUCCGAGGUAUGUACAUUGAGUUCUUUUUGGAUUGCGACAAGAACAAGACGCGCACUGAUGUCUCCAGGCAUUAGGGCCAUUUAUACGAGGAAGACGCGUCUUAAAUAAGACGCGAACUGGACCAUUAUUUAUUUAUUUAUUUAGUCACUCACAAAACCUUACACAACAUGAACAAAAGGUGUUAAUUAAAUUAUAAAAUUAAUGUGACAAGGAAGCCUAACGAAGCUUGAAGCUUAUAUUAAUAGGCUUCCUUCAACUAGCUAGUGAACUAAGUUCAUUUAUACGAGCAUGUCUUAUCUAAGAAGAAAACAGCUCGUAUAAAUGGUUCGCGUCUUAUUUCUGUUCUUGACUCGUUUUCAUGUGAAUGAACUGAACUUACUUUUUCAGUGUAAGUUUAUAAUACGAAGGUAGCAAUUUGAUUAGUAUAAAAUAUAAACUUGUUGUGAUAGUUAAAAGUUAAAGGGUCUACUUACGCCAGCAGAUGUCACGCAUUUGUCCAGGAGGCCUGCUAUCGCCUUCUCCUUACAUAAUAACAAGAAAUCCUUUUCCUCCACGAUGGACCAAGUGUUUCUUUCUGCCUUUAACGGCGAGCUCAUUGUAAUUGAGCGAAGACAAAAAUAAGGCAAAAUAGACAAGAAAACGAAAACGCGUUGUAUUUGUAAACAACUUUUCCCCGCCAGUAGCCUGCCCGUCCGCCGCGGGGCAAGCGAUAAUUUUCCCGCCAAAAAUUAACGCAUGCGUACUAUGCGUUCGCGUCUUAUGUAAGACGCGAAGGUCAUAUAUACGAAGUUUUUCUCGUCUUAGAUAAGAUGCGUCUUAUCUAAGAACAGGUGUUAAGGGCUGUUCUAAAAUAAGACGCGUCUUAGCUAAGUCGCGUCUUAUUUUAGACGAAAUGUGCCGUUUAUACGAAAAGUUUGCGUCUUAUUUUUCCUCGUAUAAAUGGUCCUAUUAUUGAGCUUACCAAACAGGACGGCAGGAAGAAGAGGACGGCAAAACGCUUGUGCGUGACGAACGUGACAGGGCUAUUACUUGCGUGUUAUGUCGUGAUCUUCACUUGACAUUAAUGCUUUUUGGUCUUUUACAAAAAGAUCUGUUCAAAGGAGAGUGGCCUUUGGCGGAAGGGUCUUUCAAACAAAAUUAUUUUCACGCUUGUCACACAAGGUUUGUGGUCUUCCUUCCUCUCCCGUCCUGUUGCGUAAGUUCACUAUUAAUGCGUAUGAACUUGACUAUGAGACUGUUUUGGGUCACGAAUCUUGACCCAGUUCCCCGUGCAACCACUUAAUGGCCAAUAAGAGAAGAGACACAGUGCCACAGUGCAGUUCGAUACAACCUCGACCCAGUCUCACUCUCAACCUCAAGAUGGCCAAUUGCCACAGCUUGGACGUCAUGUUAGUGAACCUGUAUUGUCUUUUUACAGAGCACUACCGAGAUGUUUGAGGCCCUCAGUUCCCAAGUGCAAUCCUACAAAGCAUGCAAAAGGUUUUUGGGUACCAGGCGACGCCCGGCCAGAACCUGCCGUGACCUCAGAACGUUUCAAAACAAUAAGACAAACGGUGAACUAAGAGUUAAAUAAUUUAAUAGAAUACGUUCUAGUCACAACCAUGUCUUGUAAAAUGCGAGUUAAGAAAAAAGUUCUUAUGAUGACACAUUUGAUUGGUAGUAAUGAAUUAAGCAGAGAUAACCAGGACCCGGCCUCGCAGGCUUUAUCUGUUUUACGAUCAUUCUUACUAGCAUUUUGCACCGUGUACGAAGGGAAUCGGGAAACUUUUUGCUCGAGGAAUCCGGAAUCUGGGGACUUUUGAUUGUAAAAUAAGGAAUCCUGGGCUCUGGAAUGCGGAAUCCAGCUGAAGGAAUCCAGAAUCCUAUUAACAAUUGGAAUCUGGGAUCCAGGUUCCACUGACGAAGAAUCCAGAAUCCAGUACUUGGAAUCCGGAAUCCACGGCGUGGAAUCCAGAAUCCAAGAGGGACUUGGAUUCCUUUACAUGUGGCGAAGAAUCGAAUGUUAUGAUUGGAAACUUUGCUUCCUGGACUCAAGGAAUUGUUAUUGUCGCUACCUAGACACAAACGUUGCUUUGGAAACACACAUUUCCUUGUUAACCGACACGGGGAAAACAAUGUUUGUCUCCCAGUGUUUUAGCCAAAUCCUAGGCGAAGCGUGUUUACCGUUAGCUAACACUACUAUUAAUUAAAUAAAUGACCGAUUUUAUUGAAAUAUUUUAUUAUGUCAGGUUAUUACUGGAUCGACCCAAAUGAAGGCCCAGCCGACGACGCUGUGAAGGUUUAUUGUGAUUUCGCCUUCAAUGCAACUUGUGUUUAUCCCGACAGAAGCAAGGUAAGACUCGGAUUGACUCGGACACUUUCAAAGAUCUUCGGUAACGAUCGGUAACUUUCGGAGAUCUUCGUCAAACUUCAACGAGUUUGCAGGCAGAUUCCGUAAAUCUCGGAAAGCUUUGCAACCCUCGCUCGGCUCUUUUCAAAUUGACACAUUGUGAAGAAUUGGGUUCAAGUUUCAACUUUUGCGCGUUCUCGGCGCUGAAAAUGUUAAACAUGGCUUGGGGCUCUUAGAGUGUCUCCGAACACUCAUAUUUCUUCUCAAAGUUCGAGGAAACAUUGCUAUUUCGACCCUUAAACAAUCUCUUCAAACUAUUCUUGGUCAUCAAGAAUACUCUGAAGAUUGUUUAAGUUCUUUCAGUUUGUUGGUGACGGUUUCCCGAAAAACAUCAUCUUAACAAGAAAUAUAAUCACUAAACGGUACCUUUACAUCCCUCCCUCGAGUCUGUUCUUGUCAUCUUCCAUUUUCGUUUCUGCAUCCUUAGUUUGUAGAAGGCGUAAGUCAGGCUUUCCAACUCCCUUACAGCAUUCAUUAUGAUGCGCCGAGCCUCUGUUUAUCGUAUGCUAUGAUUGUAUCAGCCCCUUUGUGGACGAACUCUUGGUUUUUCUCACCUUUUCUUUGUGCUAAAUCUUGAACACUGCUGUUGCCUCGGUGAAUUAAUUUGAAAGAAAAAUACAUGCACUGUCGGUUCCUCGUGAAUUAUGUGCAGAAUUUAAUAAAGACGGAAUCCAUCAGAAAAUUGAGUAAUUUCAAGUUUCAGUGGACAAAACAUCGCAUUCUUUUAUACAUUUUUCAAGGGCUAUAGAUAUAAUAAGUUAUCUGUAAUAACACCAAAGCCUAUUUCUCAUGGGAGCCCGAGAAAAUAAAUGUCAAAUUUCACAAGAAUUGUGAAAACACAGGUAAAAUCCUGAAAAUUUCACGUGUAAGAUGUAAUUUUGUGAAAUUUGACUUUUUAUUUUCUCGGGCUCUCAUGAUAAAUUUUUUUGGUGUUAUUACAGAAAACUAAUUACAUCAAUAGUACUUGAAAAAUGUAAAAAAGAAUGCGAUAAAAAACACGACAAAAAUUGCGUAAAAACCUGCAAACCGACGCCCGAUGGAACAGCGCGGUGAAAAGAAGCUAUCGUCUCUCGCUAAUGAUCUUCUAAAAUUCAUUUUCAUUUUUGAGCAGACUGGAAAUAAAAAAUGGUUCUCAGGAUCUGAUGGUUACAAAUGGUUUGCAAGAGAAUUUGAGUUGCGCCCUCAGGUAAGUUUGUUACGUGUGAAAAUAUGUUAUUAAGCUCCGAUGAUGGCCAACAAAUUGUUGGGAUAUUAAUUUUUUCUAAUUCACAGCGAAAGCUAUGAAGAUAACCACACCGUAUAUAUAGUAUACUGAUAAACAAAGACACCAAAAAGCCAAGUAUUCACAAAUAACACCCCCUUUGUAACCAGCCGCUUCUUGGCCGCAUUUUUGGCGGCACAAGGGGUCACGAGAGGAGCGAAAAGCUAGAAGCGCCUCUUUGCCUUCCCAAGUGCCCUUGCGUUUUUGUAGCUUUCCCAUGAUCCUUUCCGCCGCACAACAAGAAUUUCCAUGAUCCCUGACGCCGCGACUAUUGUCGGAAGCCCCAAGAAACGCUUGAGUACGAGGCAGGGGUCGCCCUGGAAUGCUCUAACGAGUCGAGGGUGAUAGCAAAAGAGGCCAUUUCUUUAAGAACUCACUGGUACACAAAAUGCCCCUUGAUUGACAAGAAGAAAUACACCAAUUACCUUCACGGUAUAUUUUGCAGAUGACACAGUCAAUUGAAUUUUAAGCACCUCUCCAGUUCUUUCUUACCAUUAAUUAGCCAAAAACACGUUUUAAUAGUUAUUCUCGCGAGGUAGUUAACUGUGUGGUAAAUAUAAUAAGCUUGUAAAAUUAUGCAUUUUGCCAACACUGAAGAGAAAAUACCCGCAACUCAUUAGAAGUGUCUCGAUACAUUCAUCGAUACAAACCAGAGCAUGAUGUUGACAUCGACGAUGCACGAACUUUUCAGGGGACAGAGAUCCAGAUUGGCUCACCAGGGGAGUAGGGAAGGCAAUUUAUAUCAGAGCCCACAGUUCAUCCCUGAAUAGAGACGGGGGAGAUACAACCUUCCAACGACCUGGACCAGACUGAUCAGGUCAAAAGUCACGUGACAUUAUCAAUCCAGUGUGAACAAGGUUCUGAAGGAGACGAAAGCUCAAAAUUUUCCCUCCGGUGUGGUAGCAAAAUAAAUUUUUCAAGCUUUUAGUAACUUGUAUGAGCUAGUGUAGUUACUGAAAGCAAGAUCAGGCCAUUACUUAAAAAAAUUCUAUUGACGCAAACACUUUUAAUUUUAAUUAGAAUUAAGUGUUGAAAUAAUCUGGCCUAAGAGGGAAAAUAAUAAAAGAAACUUUUAAGGCAGGACUCGAGUAUUUGGAAGACGAACUUGUAAUCACAUCUUUCUUUCCAACAGUUUAUUUACGACUGUGAUCCCACACAACUGACAUUCCUUCGACUUUUAAGUGACCAUGCCAAACAGAGCAUCACUUAUCACUGCUUAAACUCCACCGCCUGGUUUAAACAGAGUUCUGGCAGUUAUCAACACUCUAUCAAGCUUAAAGCUGAUAAUGGAAUAGAAAUACACGCUAGUGGCACCAAGAAAUAUGCACCUACGAUAGUACUGGACGAAUGUAAGGUAGGGAAAGAAUAUCAGGGAGGGGUGGGUAGGGGGAGAGGAGAUAAUUAGAACUCAUCCAAGUUUGGGAGAAAACUACGCAACCACGCAACACAAUUUCUUUGCAACUCAAAAAAAAAAAAACGUGAAAACCAUCAGUAUUUCUAUAUGCAUCAUUGACCAAGAGUAUUAGGUCAACAUGGCUGGAUAUUGGCCACGAGUUCUUUUUUGCGUUGUCGAGGUCAAUAAAAACGCAAAAAAGAGUGAGGCCGAUAUCAAGCCAUCUUGACUGAAUACGCUUGGUCAAUAAACGUUUUCAUAUCUGGCCAAAAAGAUAACUUUUCCUGGCGGGACCAACGCAGGAUAUCCCGAGCGACCAUCGUGCCCGCUCGGGUAGCCAAUAAGAAGACAGGAUUUGUUUUAUCUUGCCCGCUAGGGGAAUCAGCCAUAUGAAUAAGUAAUGUUGCGUUUCAAGGAGGAAACCAAUGGAGCAUGAGAAAAGUAAACCGCAAGCAACAGCGUUAAUUAAAUUUUGUUUUUUAGCUCCCUCGAUUAUUAUGAUUUUUUUAAUUAGCCAGCGAGCAAAAUCCCCGUGGGACUAGGGGUGGGGUGGGGGGGGGGAGGGGGUCUAGGGGCUGGGGACGCUCCCACCCUCACUAGUUCCCCAGAGAGGUUGCGACCAGGCUAAGUUUUGAUUGGUCAGAACACAAUAAAAGGGAAUGCCAGAUAAAAUUUUCUUGAGGAAGGUGUGUGUAUGAUUUUUUUUCUCCUUUUUGGUGUGUUUUCACUAAUUUAAGAUUUUGACUCUUACUCUUUUUAGAUCAAAGACGGUACUUGGCGAAAAACAAUCAUAGAAGUGAACACUCCCAAGACGCAUCGCCUUCCAAUACACGACGUGGCCGUUUACGAUAUCGGGGACACUGGGGAAGAGUUUGGCCUCGAAAUUGGACCUGUUUGUUUUUCGUAAUACGGAUGUGUUAAUGAAUGUGCGAGUUAUUUUAAAGCAAAUUUGUUGUGCAAAUUUGAACUCGCUGGGGAAAAUCACGGACACGUUAAAUUGAAUUUAGUCACACUGAGCAUGAAACGAAGUUUCAAUGACAAUGUAAUUCCAUAAUCUCAUGUCUAGAUCUCACAGCUGUUGUCCAUAGUUCCUCCUAACCGUGGGAGACCUAGGUGCUACAUUAAGGGUGUGUUCGAUUGACUGUAUUCCGGAAUAAGAACACACCAAAGUUUUGUUACAAGUCUCUUCUAGUAUUGGACCACUUUAACGCUGCAUACAUGGAAAUAUUUUAUUUCAAGCAUAUUUCUUGCUAUUGUAAUGCAUUAAACGCUAACACAGACGAUUUUUGGAGUUCAUUCCAUUUAUUCAUAUUCCGGAAUACGAUCAAUCGAACACGCUCUGAGUAUUCAGUGUGCUAUAGUAUAAACAUGACGGUCAGAAUAAAACCAUUUUGCUAGUGA